AUGGCAGACGGGAUCGAGGUAAUGAUUAAAUCGUUAAAAUGUCGUCUACGCUUCACAGAGCAGAGAGAAAAUUAACUUCCCACCGACCACAUUUUUCUGCUGAACAUGAAAUAAUGCUUUUGUGCCAGUCUAAUUACAAAGCUUACAUCUGAUAGAGUCAGCAUCCAGGGGGAUUACUACAUGCAUGAGUAUUAGACCUCAUUACCAGCUUGACUGCUAAAUUAUUACAUCUUGUAAUUGGAUGGUGAGAUUCAUACUCAGAUUGGCCGGGUUUCUGUAAGAUUGUAAUUACAGGCUUGGUUGGUUUGCGACUUAUCACAGUGAGCAGGAUGAGAUGUAACCCUAUCACAGCACCCGUUCAUCCCUCUGUUUAUUAGACCAAACAUAGCUGUUUGGUGAAGGGGAGACAUUUAUUACCAGCUGACAAAUGGGGGGGGGGGGGGGUUCAUUUAUUUAACCUGGCUGAUCUAUUUCAGCAGAAUGUAGAAACAAGCCAUCCGUUUUAUGAUUGAGUCAACGCCUCCAUUAUCUAGAGGCUAACUGACUGGUAAAGCACCCAUCUGCCAGCUGAUUUCAUUUACCUUAUGUUACUGAACACACACUGCUAUAGGAAAUAGGAAAAAAUACACAUACCAUCAACUUUGCUUCAGUGUGUGUGUGUGUGUGUGUGUGCGUGUGCGUGUUCGUCCAGUGUGUGUGUGUGUGUGUGUGUGCGCGCAUUUGAAUGUGCUAUUAUGUAUGCUAUUGUUGAUCUGGCUGUGUCAAAACUACAGUCAGAUUUUAUAGUAAUGCAGGAAUCCCUUGCUGAUUUAAAACUUGUGCUUAAUAGGGGCAAAACGAAAUACGUGUUGUUUUUAAAUUCUCGUAAGAAUAUUUCAGAUGAACUAUAUGUUCACUCAUUAGAUGGUUGUCCAAUCGAACGUGUUCCUGCAUAUACAGUGCAUUCGGAAAGUAUUCAGACCCCUUACCUGUUUCCACAUUUUGUUAUGUUACAGCCUUACUCUAAAAUGGAUUAAAUAAAAAAAAAUCCUAAUCAAUCUACACACAAUACCCAAUAAUGACAAAGCGAUAACAGGUUUUUAGAUUUUUUUGCAAAUGUAUAAAAAAUACAAAACUGAAAUUUCUUAUUUACAUAAGUAUUCAGACCCUUUGCUAUGAGUCUCGAAAUUGAGCUCAGGUGCAUCCUGUUUCCAUUGAUCAUCCUUAAGAUGUUUCUACAACUUGAUUGGAGUCCACCUGUGGUAAAUUCAAUUGAUUGGAAAGCCAUACACCUGUCUAUAAACGGUCCCACAGUUGACAGUGCAUGUCAUAGCAAGAACCAAGCCAAGAGUUCGAAGGAAUUGUCCGUAGAGCUCUGAGACAGGAUUGUGUCGAUGCAGAGAUCUGGGGAAGGGUGCAAAAAAAUUUCUGCAGCAUUUAAGGUCCCCAAGAACACAGUGGCCUCCAACAUUCUUAAAUGGAAGAAGUUGGGAACCGCCAAGACUCUUCCUAGAGCUGGCCGCCCGACCAAACUGAUUAAUCGGGGGAGAAGGGCCUUGGUCAGGGAGGUGACCAAGAACCCGAUGGUCACUCUGACAGAGCUCCAGAGUUCCUCUCUGGAGAUGGGAGAACCUUCCAGAAGGACAACCAUCUCUGCAGCACUCCACCAACAGGUCUUUAUGGUAGAGUGGCCAGACGGAAGCCACUCCUCAGUAAACGGCACAUGACAGCCGCUUGGAGAUUGCCAAAAGGCAAUUAUCUGGUCUGAUGAAACCAAGAACUCUUUAACCUGAAUGCCAAGUGUCACGUCUGGAGGAAACCUGGCACCAUCCCUACGGUGAAGCAUGGUGGUGGCAGUAUCAUUCUGUGGGGGUGUUCUUCAGCGGCAGGGCUGGGAGACUAGUCAGGAUCAAUGGAAAGAUGAACGGAGCAAAGUACAGAGAGAUCCUUGAUGAAAACCUGCUCCAGAGCGCUCAGGACCUCAGACCAGGGCGAAGGUUCACCUUCCAACAGGACAACGACUCUAAGCACACAGCCAAUACAACGCAGGAGUGGCUUCGGGACAAGUCUCUGAAUGUCCUUGAGUGGCCCAGCCAGAGCCCGGACUUGAACCCGAUCGAACAACUCUGGAGAGACCUGAAAAUAGCUGUGCAGCGACACUCCCCAUCCAACCUGACAGAGCUUGAGAGGAUCUGCAGAGAAGAAUGGGAGAAACUCCCCAAAUACAGGUGUGCCAAGCUUGUAGUGUCACACCAAAUAAGAUUCAAGGCUGUAAUCGCUGCCAAAGGUGCUUCAACAAAGUACUGAGUAAAGGGUCUGAAAACGUAUGUAAAUGUUAUAUAUUUUUCAUUUUCUUACAAACAUUUCUAAAGACCUGUUUUUGCUUUGUCAUUAUGGGGUAUUGUGUGUAGAUUGACAAGGGGGAAAAAACAAUUGAAUCAAUUUUAGAAUAAGACUGUAACGUAACAAAAUGUGGAAAGAGUCAAGGGGUAUGAAUACUUCUGGACUGUAUACUGCUGAUUUUGUUUUUACUUAUUCUUCAGCACAACAACAUCAGCAGUAUAUUACUGUAUAAUAUAUGUAUAUAGUGGGGGAAAAAAAUAUUUAGUCAGCCACCAAUUGUGCAAGUUCUCCCACUUAAAAAGAUGAGAGAGGCCUGUAAUUUUCAUCAUAGGUACACGUCAACUAUGACAGACAAAUUUAGAUUUUUUUUCUCCAGAAAAUCACAUUGUAGGAUUUUUUAUGAAUUUAUUUGCAAAUUAUGGUGGAAAAUAAAUAUUUGGUCACCUACAAACAAGCAAGAUUUCUGGCUCUCACAGACCUGUAACUUCUUCUUUAAGAGGCUCCUCUGUCCUCCACUCGUUACCUGUAUUAAUGGAACCUGUUUGAACUUGUUAUCAGUAUAAAAGACACCUGUCCACAACCUCAAACAGUCACACUCCAAACUCCACUAUGGCCAAGACCAAAGAGCUGUCAAAGGACACCAGAAACAAAAUUGUAGACCUGCACCAGACUGGGAAGACUGGAUCUGCAAUAGGUAAGCAGCUUGGUUUGAAGAAAUCAACUGUGGAGCAAUUAUUAGGAAAUGGAAGACAUACAAGACCACUGAUAAUCUCCCUCGAUCUGGGGCUCCACGCAAUAUCUCACCCCGUGGGGUCAAAAUGAUCACAAGAACGGUGAGCAAAAAUCCCAGAACCACACGGGGGGACAUAGUGAAUGACCUGCAGAGAGCUGGGACCAAAGUAACAAAGCCUACCAUCAGUAACACACUACGCCGCCAGGGACUCAAAUCCUGCAGUGCAAGACGUGUCCCCCAGCUUAAGCCAGUACAUGUCCAGGCCCGUCUGGAGUUUGCUAGAGUGCAUUUGGAUGAUCCAGAAGAGGAUUGAGAGAAUGUCAUAUGGUCAGAUGAAACCAAAAUAGAACUUUUUGGUAAAAACUCAACUUGUCGUGUUUGGAGGACAAAGAAUGCUGAGUUGCAUCCAAAGAACACCUUACAUACUGUGAAGCAUGGGGGUGGAAACAUCAUGCUUUGGGGCUGUUUUUCUGCAAAGGGACCAGGACGACUGAUCCGUGUAAAGGAAAUAAUGAAUGGGGCCAUGUAUCGUGAGAUUUUGAGUGAAAACCUCCUUCCAUCAGCAUGGGCAUUGAAGAUGAAACGUGGCUGGGUCUUUCAGCAUGACAAUGAUCCCAAACACACCGCCCGGGCAACGAAGGAGUGGCUUCGUAAGAAGCAUUUCAAGGUCCUAGAGUGGCCUAGCCAGUCUCCAGAUCUCAACCCCAUAGGAAAUCUUUGGAGGGAGUUAAAAGUCCGUGUUGCCCAGCAACUGCCCCAAAACAUCACUGCUCUAGAGGAGAUCUGCAUGGAGGAAUGGGCCAAAAUACCACCAACAGUGUGUGAAAACCUUGUGAAGACUUACAGAAAAUGUUUGACCUGUGUCAUUGCCAACAAAGGGUAUAUAACAAAGUAUUGAGAAACUUUUGUUAUUGACCAAAUACUUAUUUUCCACCAUCAUUUGCAAAUAAAUUCAUUACAAAAUCCUACAAUGUGAUUUUCUGGAUUUUUUUUCUUCUCAUUUUGUCUGUCAUAGUUGACGUGUACCUAUGAUGAAAAUUAUAGGCCUCUCUCAUCUUUUUAAGUGGGAGAACUUGCACAAUUGGUGGCUGACUAAAUACUUUUUUUCCCCACUGUAUACACUGCUCAAAAAAUAAAGGGAACACUAAAAUAACACAUCCUAGAUCUGAAUAAAUGAAAUAAUCUCAUUAAAUACUUUUUUCUUUACAUAGUUGAAUGUGCUGACAACAAAAUCACACAAAAAUUAUCAAUGGAAAUCAAAUGUAUCAACCCAUGGAGGUCUGGAUUUGGAGUCACCCUCAAAAUUUAAGUGGAAAACCACACUACAGGCUGAUCCAACUUUGAUGUAAUGUCCUUAAAACAAGUCAAAAUGAGGCUCAGUAGUGUGUGUGGCCUCCACGUGCCUGUAUGACCUCCCUACAACGCCUGGGCAUGCUCCUGAUGAGGUGGCGGAUGAUCUCCUGAGGGAUCUCCUCCCAGACCUGGACUAAAGCAUCCGCCAACUCCUGGACAGUCUGUGGUGCAAAGUGGCGUUGGUGGAUGGAGCGAGACAUGAUGUCCCAGAUGUGCUCAAUUGGAUUCAGGUCUGGGGAAUGGGUGGGCCAGUCCACAGCAUCAAUGCCUUCCUCUUGCAGGAACUGCUGACACACUCCAGCCACAUGAGGUCUAGCAUUGUCUUGCAUUAGGAGGAACCCAGGGCCAACCGCACCAGCAUAUGGUCUCACAAGGGGUCUGAGGAUCUCAUCUCGGUACCUAAUGGCAGUCAGGCUACCUCUGGCGAGCACAUGGAGGGCUGUGCGGCCCCCCAAAGAAAUGCCACCCCACACCAUGACUGACCCACCGCCAAACCGGUCAUGCUGGAGGAUGUUGCAGGCAGCAGAACGUUCUCCACGGCGUCUCCAGACUCUGUCACGUCUGUCACGUGCUCAGUGUGAACCUGCUUUCAUCUGUGAAGAGCACAGGCCGCCAGUGGCGAAUUUGCCAAUAUUGGUGUUCUCUGGCAAAUGCCAAACGUCCUGCACGGUGUUGGGCUGUAAGCACAACCCCCACCUGUGGACAUCGGGCCCUCAUACCACCCUCAUGGAGUCUGUUUCUGACCGUUUGAGCAGACACAUGCACAUUUGUGGCCUUCUGGAGGUCAUUUUGCAGGGCUCUGGCAGUGCUCCUCCUGCUCCUCCUUGCACAAAGGCGGAGGUAGCAGUCCUGCUGCUGGGUUGUUGCCCUCCUACAGCCUCCUCCACGUCUCCUGAUGUACUGGCCUGUCUCCUGGUAGCGCCUCCAUGCUCUGGACACUACGCUGACAGACACAGCAAACCUUCUUGCCACAGCUCGCAUUGAUGUGCCAUCCUGGAUGAGCUGCACUACCUGAGCCACUUGUGUGGGUUGUAGACUCCGUCUCAUGCUACCACUAGAGUGAAAGCACUGCCAGCAUUCAAAAGUGACCAAAACAUCAGCCAGGAAGCAUAGGAACUGAGAAGUGGUCUGUGGUCACCACCUGCAAAACCAGUCCUUUAUUGGGGGUGUCUUGCUAAUUGCCUAUAAUUUUCACCUGUUGUCUAUUCCAUUUGCACAACAGCAUGUGAAAUGUAUUGUCAAUCAGUGUUGCUUCCUAAGUGGACAGUUUGAUUUCACAGAAGUGUGAUUGACUUGGAGUUACAUUGUGUUGUUUAAGUGUUCCCUUAAUUUUUCUGAGCAGUCUAUAUGCCAAUUAUCUGAUGGUCUGACCGCAUUCUGUCCACUAAACACUUUUUAAACUUUUGGUGCCAAUGAGAUUGACAUAAGAAAGAAGUCAAGACGACUAGCUUGAUUGAGCCUCUGCCAUGUAUAUCUCACUAGGUCAGGAUAUUUAAGCCUCCAUAUAUCCACAAGUUCCAAUAUAUCCAUGACAUUCACAAUUUCCUUAAGAGCAUGUGGGUGAUUGUUUGUAGUGUGAUUUCCUUUACGGUCCAUUGAGGUAUUUAAAACAGUAUUAUAAUCUCCCACCAUAAUACUAGAGUAUUGUAUUGCAUGCAGGGUUGAUAAUUUAUUAUAUAUAUUUUCAAAGAAGCGUGUAUCAUUAUUUGGACCGUAUAGGUUAAUGAGCCAUAUAUGUUUAUGGUCCAACAACAUAUUUAAAAUCAUCAAUAUACCUUGCGGAUCUGUUUGGACAAUUUGCACAUUCAAAUCAAAAUUACUGUUAAUUAAUAUCAUCACCCCUUUUGAGUUUCUUUGCCCGUGGGAGAAGUAUAUUUCACCCCUAAAGUCCUUUUUCCACACAACUUCAUCUAGAAUUGUUGAAUGAGUUUCCUGUAAAAAAAAUAGAUAUUAUAUUCCUUCUCUUUGAGCCAGGUAAAUAUUGUACUUCUUUUCUUAUUACCUGCUUAUUACAAUUAUAACUGGCUAUACUUAUUUCACCAUUUACCAUAAUGAGAUACAAGUUUCAAAUCUAUUUAUCGUAAUAUAUGUUUGUAAAUUACCAUAAAAAAGUACCAUAGUGAUUGAGUGUCCAUAUAGCUGUACCAUGAUAUUUGCAUUGCUACUAAGUAACCCUCCAAUUGUUCUCCACUAUUCCACCCGCUAAAACCCCUCCCCAUCCCAAGUUGGGUUGUCGUCCAAGUGACCGGCAGACCACCGUCAUCCCCCUGGAUCCCUAGGCCCCCCGAGAGGCCAGGACCCAUCCUUCGAAACCAGCACACAGUGCCACCCACAGAACAGAAGCAGAUCAACCGCUAAAAGUAUUUUCAAUGUCUCACCUCAAUUUGCUUUAUAUAUAGCUAUUAAAAAUAUAUAUCUAUUCAAAUAUCUUGUAUAUCUUAAUUUCCAUCAUUAACAAUUAAUAUGCGUAAUAAUGUUGGCAGUUCAUGCAAAGGAUUGUUACCUACAACCAGGAGUGCCAUUGCAUUCCAUUACAUUUUUGUCAAGCAAUUAUUAUUUUAGCAACAUUUCAUCCUAUAUUGUCCCUAACAUCCUUACCCUUUUGCAACAGAUGUGGGAUACACACACACACACACACACACACAAACACACACACACAAACAAACACACACACACACACACACUCUUACACACUCAACCCCUUUCCCCACAAUCAACCAUAAGCUCAGAUGCUCAACGGUUGAUACAUCCCAACUCAAGAAAGGACCUGAUUUACGAAUGCAUAUACAGUUACAGCUGUUUGAGAAAGCAUGCGAUAUUGCGAGAUUGAGCAAAAAUGUGAUACUUGAUCACUGUUAGUAGAUACAGGAUCAUUGGUAGUAGAUACAGAAUAUAGGAUCACUGUCAGUAAAUACAAACUACAGUAUCACUGUUGGUAAAUUAAAAUACCUUGACUUUGUUGUCCUUAAGCCAUUUUGCCACAACUUUGGAAGUAUGCUUGGGGUCAUUGUACAUUUGGAAGACACAUUUGCGACCAAGCUUUAACUUCCUGACUGAUGUCUUGAGAUGUUGCUUCAAUAUAUCCACAUCAUUUUCCUUCCUCAUGAUGCCAUCUAUUUUGUGAAGUGCACCAGCCCCUCCUGCAGCAAAGUACCCCCCCAGCAUCAUGCUGCCACCCCUGUGCUUCACGGUUGGGAUGGUGUUCUUCGGCUUGCAAGCCCCCCUUUUUCCUCCAAACAUAACGAUGGUCAUUAUGGCCAAACAGUUCUAUUUUUAUUUCAUCAGACCAGAGCACAUUUCUCCAAAAAGUACGAUCUUUGUCCCCAUGUGAAGUUGCAAACCGUAGUCUGGCUUUUUUAUGGCGGUUUUGGAGCAGUGGCUUCUUCGUUGCUGAGCGGCCUUUCAGGUUAUGUCGAAAUAGGACUCGUUUUACUGUGGAUAUAGAUACUUUUGUACCUGUUUCCUCCAGCAUCUUCACAAGAUCCUUUGCUGUUGUUCUGGGAUUGAUUUGAACUUUUCGCACCAAAGUACGUUCAUCUCUAGGAGACAGAACGUGUCUCCUUCCUGAGCGGUAUGAUGGCUGCGUGGUCCCAUGGUGUUUAUACUUGCGUACUAUUGUUUGUACAGAUGAACGUGGUACUUUCAGGCAUUUGGAAAUUGCUCCCAAGGAUGAACCAGACUUCUGGUGGUCUACAAUUCUUUUUCUGAGGUCUUGGCUUAUUUUAUUUUAUUUUCCCAUGAUGUCAAGCAAAGAGGCACUGAGUUUGAAGGUAGGUCUUGAAAUACAUCCACAGGUACACCUCCAAUUGACUCAAAUUAUGUCAAUAAGCCUAUCAGAAGCUUCUAAAGCCAUGACAUCAUUUUCUGGAAUUUUCCAAGAUGUUUAAAGGCACCGUCAACUUAGUAUAUGUAAACUUCUGACCCACUGGAAUUGUGAUAUUGUAAAUUAUAAGUGAAAUAAUCUGUCUGUAAACAAUUUUGGGAAAAAUGACUUGUGUCAUGCACCGACUUGCCAAAACUAUAGUUUGUUAACAAGACAUUUGUGGAGUGGUUGAAAAACAAGUUUUAAUGACGCCAACCUAAGUGUAUGUAAACUUCCAACUUCAACUGUACUUACAGUUAUCCUGUAUCUACUAACAGUGAUCCUGUAUCUACUAACAGUGAUCCUGUAUCUACUAAUAGUGAUCCUGUAGUAUGUAUAUACUAACAGUUAUCCUGUAUCUACUAGCAGUUAUCCUGUAUCUACUAACAGUGAUCCUGUAUCUUAUAACAGUGAUCCUGUAUCUACUAACAGUGAUCCUGUAUCUACUAACAGCGAUCCUCUAUCUACUAACAGCGAUCCUGUAUCUACUAACAGUGAUCCUGUAUCUACUAACAGUGAUCCUGUAUCUACUAACAGUGAUCCUGUAUCUACUAACAGCGAUCCUCUAUCUACUAACAGUGAUCCUGUAUCUACUAACAGUGAUCCUGUAUCUACUAACAGUGAUCCUGUAUCUACUAACAGUGAUCCUGUAUCUACUAACAGUGAUCCUGUAUCUACUAACAGUGAUCCUGUAUCUACUAACAGUGAUCCUGUAUCUACUAACAGUGAUCCUGUAUCUACUAACAGCGAUCCCGUAUCUACUAACAGCGAUCCUCUAUCUACUAACAGUGAUCCUGUAUCUACUAACAUUGAUCCUGUAUCUACUAACAGUGAUCCUGUAUCUACUAAUAGCGAUCCUCUAUCUACUAACAGUGAUCCUGUAUCUACUAACAUGAUCCUGUAUCUACUGUAUCGCCAACAGUGAUCCUGUAUCUACUAACAGUGACCUGUAUCUACUAACAGUGAUCCUGUAUCUACUAACAGUGAUCCUGUAUCUACUAACAGUGAUCCUGUAUCUACUAACAGCUGAUCUAACCGUCCUAUCUACUAACAGUGAUCCUGUAUCUACUAACAGUGAUCCUGUAUCUACUAACAGCGAUCCUCUAUCUACUAACAGUGAUCCUGUAUCCACUAAUAGUGAUCCUGUAGUAUGUAUAUACUAACAGUUAUCCUGUAUCUAAUAGCAGUUAUCCUGUAUCUACUAACAGUGAUCCUGUAUCUAUAAUAGUGAUACCUGUAUCUACUAACAUGAUCCUUAUCUACUAACAGUGAUCCUGUAUCUACUAACAGUGAUCCUGUAUCUACUAACAGCGAUCCUCUAUCACUAACUAACAAAGGAUCCUGUAUCUACUAACAGUGAUCCUGUAUCUACUAACAGUGAUCCUGUAUCUACUAACAGUGAUCCUGUAUCUACUAACAGUGAUCCUGUAUCUACUAACAGUGAUCCUGUAUCUACUAACAGUGAUCCUGUAUCUACUAACAGUGAUCCUCUAUCUACUAACAGUGAUCCUGUAUCUACUAACAGUGAUCCUGUAUCUACUAACAGUGAUCCUGUAUCCUAUCCUAACACGGAUCCUGUAUCUACUAACAGCGAUCCUCUAUCUACUAACAGUGAUCCUGUAUCUACUAACAUUGAUCCUGUAUCUACUAACAGUGAUCCUGUAUCUACUAAUAGCGAUCCUCUAUCUACUAACAGUGAUCCUGUAUCUACUAACAGUGAUCCUGUAUCUACUAACAGUGAUCCUGUAUCUACUAACAGUGAUCCUGUAUCUACUAACAGUGAUCCUGUAUCUACUAACAGUGAUCCUCUAUCUACUAACAGUGAUCCUGUAUCUACUAACAGCGAUCCUCUAUCUACUAACAGUGAUCCUGUAUCUACUAACAGUGAUCCUGUAUCUACUAACAGCGAUCCUCUAUCUACUAACAGUGAUCCUGUGUCUACUGACAGUGAUCAUUUAUCUACUAACAGUGAUCCUGUAUCUACUAACAGUGAUCCUGUAUCUACUAACAGUGAUCCUGUAUCUACUAACAGUGAUCCUGUAUAUACUAAUACUGAUCCUGUAGUAUGUAUCUACUAACAGUGAUCCUGUAUCUACUAACAGUGAUCCUGUAUCUACUAAUAGUGAUCCUGUAGUAUGUAUCUACUAACAGUUAUCCUGUAUCUAUAAGCAGUGAUGAUGUGUAUCUACUAACAGUGACCCUGUGUCUACUAACAGUGAUCCUGAAUUCUGUAUCUACUAACAGUCAUCCUGUAUCUACUAAUAGUGAUUCUGUAUCUACUAACAGUGAUCCUGUAUCUGCUAACAGUGAUUCUGUAUCUACUAAGAGUGAUCCUGUAUCUACUAACAGUGAUCCUGUAUCUACUAACAGUGAUCCUGUAUCUACUAAUAGUGAUCAUGUAUCUACUAAUAGUGAUCCUGUAGUCUGCAUCUACUAACAGUCAUCAUGUAUCUACUAAAGUUGAUCCUGCAGUCUUAAUUUACCAACAGUGAGAAUGUUGUCUGUAUUUAUUGACAGUGAUCCUAUAUUAUGUAUCUAUUACCAAUCAUCCCGUAUCCACUAACAGUUAUCAAAUAUCAAAUCUUUGCAAAUGCUUGUCCAAUCUCGCAUGCUUUCUCAAACAGCUGUAACUGUAUAUGCAUUCGUAAAUCAGGUCCUGUCUUGAGUUGGGCUCCGGGAUGUAUCAACAGUUGAGCAUCUGAGCUUAUGGUUGAUUGUGGGGAAAGUGGUUGAAAGUGUAAGAGUGUGUGUGUGUGUGUGUUUGUGUGUGUGUGUGUGUGUGUGUGUGUGUGUGUGUGUGUGUAUCCCACAUCUGUUGCAAGAGGGUAAGGAUGUUAGGGACAAUAUAGGAUGAUUCACAAAUGUUCGCUAAAAUAAUAAUUGCUUGACAAAAAUGUAAUAUAAUGCAAUGGCACUCCUGGUUGUAGGUAACAAUCCUUUGCAUGAACUGCCAACAUUAUUACGCAUAUUAAUUGUUAAUGAUGGCAAAGCACCCCCACAGCAUGAUGCUGCCACCCCCGUUCUUCAGGGUUGGGAUGGUGUUCUUUGGCUUGCAAGCUCGCCCUUUUUCCUCCAAACAUAACGAUGGUCAUUAUAGCCAAACAUUUCUAUAUUUGUUUCAUCAGACCAGAGGAUAUUUCUCCAAAAAGUACCAUCUUUAUCCCCAUGUGCAGUUGCAAACCGUAGUCUGGCUUUUUUAUGGCGGUUUUGGAGCAGUGGCUUCUUCCUUGCUGAGCGGCCUUUCAGGUAAUGUCGAUAUAGUACUUGUUUUACUGUGGAUAUAGAUACUUUUGUUCCUGUGUCCUCCAGCAUCUUCACAAGGUCCUUUGCUGUUGUUCUGGGAUUGAUUUUCACUUUUUGCACCAAAGUACGUUCAUCUCUAGGAGACAGAACGCUUCUCCUUCCUGAGCGGUAUGGCGGCUGCGUGGUCCCAUGGUGUUUAUACUUGUGUACUAUUGUUUGUACAGAUGAACGUGGUACCUUCAGGCAUUUGGAAAUUGCUCCCAAGGAUGAACCAGACUUGUGGAGGUCUACAAUGUUUUUUUGAGGUCUUGGCUGUUUUCUUUUGAUUUUCCCAUGAUGUCAAGCAAAGAGGCACUGGUUUGAAGGUAGGCCUUGAAAUACAUCCACAGGUACACCUCCAAUUGACUCAAAUUAUGUCAAUUACCCUAUCAGAAGCUUCUAAAGCCAUGACAUAAUUUUCUGGAAUUUUCCAAGCUGUUUAAAGGCACAGUCAACUUAGUGUAUGUAAAUGUCUGACCCACUGGAAUUGUCAAACAGUGAAUUAUAAGUGAAAUUAUCUCUCUGUAAACAAUUGUUGGAAAAAUUACUUGUGUCAUGCACAAAGUAAAUGUCCUAACUGACUUGCCAAAACUAAGAGUUUGUAAAUUUCUGACUUCAACUGUACAUACCAAAGGAUCACUGUUACUAGAUACAGACUGCAGGAUAAUUUAUUUAUAACUGUUAGUAGAUAGAUUAUCACUGUUAGUAGAUACAUAAUCACUGUUAGUAGAUACAAUAUCACUGUUAGUAUAUACCGGAUAACUGUUAGUACAUAGCGGAUCACUGUUAGUAAAUACAGACUACAGGAUCACCUUUAGUAGAUACAGGAUCACUAUUAGUAGAUACAGGAUCACUGUUAGUAGAUAUAGGAUCACUGUUACUAGAUACAGGAUCACUGUUAACAGAUACAGGAUCACUGUUAGUAGAUACUGGAUCGCAGUUAGUAGAUCCAGCAUCAUUGCUAGUAGAUACAGGAUCACUGUUAGUAAAUCCAGAUUACAGGUUCACUGUUAGUAGAUACAGACUGAAGGAUCACUGUUACUAGAUACAGACUGCAUGUUCACUGUUAGUAAAUACAGGAUCAUUGUUAGUAAAUACAUUAACACUAUUAGUAAAUACAGACUACAUGAUCAGAGUUAGUAAAACAUGAUCACUGUUAGUAGAUACAGGAUCAGUUGUUGUACAUACAGGAUCACUGCUAGUGGAUACAGGAUCACUGUUAGUAGAUACAAACUACAUGAUCACUAGUAGUAAAUAAAGACUACAUGAUCACUGUUAAUAGAUACAGGAUAACUGCUAAUCGAUACAGGAUCACUGCUAGUCGAUACAGGAUCACUGUUAGUAGAUACAGGAUCACUGCUAGUCGAUACAGGAUCACUGUUAGUAGAUACAGGAUCACUGUUAGUAUAUACAGGAUCACUGUUAGUAGAUACAGGUUCACUGCUAGUCGAUAUAGGAUCACUGUUAGUAGAUACAGGAUCACUGCUAGUCGAUACAGGAUCACUGUUAGUAGAUACAGGAUCACUGUUAGUAGAUACAGAUUAUAGGAUCCCUGUUAGUAGAUACAGGAUCACUGCUUGUCGAUACAGGAUCAAUGUUAGUAGAUACAGGAUCACUGUUAGUAGAUACAGAAUAUAGGAUCACUGUUAGUAAAUACAGUAUCACUGUUGGUAAAUACAGACAACAGGAUCACCUAUAGUAGAUACAGGAUCACAGUUAGUAGCUACAGGAUCACUGUUAAUAGAUACAAGAUCACUGUUAGUAGAUAAUGGAUCACUGUUAGUAGAUACAGGAUCACUGUUAGAAGAUACAGGAUCAUUGUUAGUAGAUACAGGAUCACUGUAAGUAGAUACAUGAUCACUGUUAGUAGAUAAAGGAUCACUGUUAGUAGAUACAGAAUCACUGUUAGUAGAUACAGGAUCAUUGUUAGUAAAUACAGGAUCACAGUUAGUAGAUACAGGAUCACUGUUAGUAGAUACAGGAUCAUUGUUAGUAGAUACAGGAUCACUGUUAGUAGAUACAGGAUCACUGUUAGUAGAUAAAGAAUCACUGUUAGUAGAUAAAGGAUCACUGUUAGCAGAUACAGGAUCACUGUUAGUAGAUAAAGGAUCACUGUUAGUAGAAACAGGAUCACUGAUUUAGAUACAGGAUCACUGUUAGGAGAUGUAGGAUAAAUUGUUUUACAUACAGUAUCACUUUUAGUAUAUACAGAAUAUAGGAUCACUGUUAGUAAAUACAUACUACAGUAUUACUGUUAGUAGAUACAGGAUACAUGUUAGUAGAUACAUACUACAGGAUCACGGUUAGUAAAUACAGGAUCACAGUUAGUAGAUACAGGAUCACUGUUAGUGGAUACAGAAUCAUUGUUAGUAGUUACAGGAUCACUGUUAGUAGAUACAGGAUCACUGUUAAUAGAUACAGGAUCACUGUUAGUAGAUACAGGAUGACUGUUACUUGAUACAGGAUCACUGUUAGUAGAUUCAUGAUCAAUGUUAGUCGAUACAGGAUCACUGUUAGUAGAUACAGGAUCACUGUUAGUAGAAACAUAAUCACUGUUAGUAGAUACAGGAUCAAUGUUAGUAGAUACAUACUGCAGGAUCACUUUUAGCAGAUUCAGGAUCGAUGUUAGUGGAAGCAGGAUCACUGUUAGUAGAUACAGAAUAUCUGAUGUAGAUACAGGAUCACUGUUAGUAGAUACAGGAUCACAGUUAGUAGAUGCAGGAUCAAUGUUAGUAGAUACAUGAUCACUGUUAGUAGAUACAUGAUCACUGUUAGUAGAUACAGGAUUACUGUUAGUAGAUACAGGAUCAAUGUUAUUAGAUAAAGCAUCACUGUUAGUAGAUACAGAUUACAAAUUCACUGUUAGUAAAUACAGAUUACAGAUUUACUGUUAGUAAAUACAGACUACAGGAUUAGUGUUAGUAGAUAAAGGAUCACUGUUAGUAGAUACCUACUGAAAGAUCACUGUUACUAGAUACAGACUAAAUUAUCACGGUUAGUAAAUACAUUAUCACUAUUAGUAAAUACAGACUACAUGGUCACUGUUAGUAAAUACAUACCACAGGAAUACUGUUAGUAGAUACAGGAUCACUGAUAGUAGAUACAGGAUCAAUUGUUGUACAUAGAGAAUCGUUGGUAGUCAAUACAGGAUCACUGCUAGUCGAUACAGGUUCUCUGUUAGUAGAUUCAUACUGCAGGAUCACAGUUAGUAGAUACAGGAUCACUGUAAGUAGAUACAUACUACAAGAUCAGUGUUAGUAAAUACAGAUUACAGGUUCACAGUUUGAAAAUACAGACCACAGGAUAACUGUUAGUUGAUACAGGAUCACAGUUACUAAAUACAGGAUAACUGUUAGCAGGUACAGGAUCACUUUUAAUAGAUACAAGAUCACUGUUAGUAGAUACAGGAUCACAGUUAGUAGAUACGGUCUACAGGAUCACUGUUAAUAGAUAAGGAUCACUGUUAUUAAAUACAGACUACAGAAUCACUGGUAGUAAAUACAGACUACAGGAUCACUGUUAGUAAAUACAGACUACAGGAUCACUGUUAGUAAAUACAGACUACAGGAUCACUGUUAGUAGAUACAGACUACAGGAUCACUGUUAGUAAAUACAGACUACAGGAUCACUGUUAGUAAAUACAGACUACAGGAUCACUGUUAGUAAAUACAGACUACAGGAUCACUGUUAGUAAAUACAAACUACAGGAUCACUGGUAGUAAAUACAGACUACAUGAUCACUGUUAGUAAACACAGACUACAGGAUCACUGGUAGUAAAUACAGACUACAGGAUCCCUGUUAGUAAAUAUAGACUACAGCAUCACUGUUAGUAAAUACAGACUAUAUGAUCACUGUUAGUAAAUAGAAACUACAUGAUCACUGUUAGUAAAUACAGAAUAUUAGAUCACUGUUAGUAAAUACAUACUACAGGAUCAUUGUUAGUAAAUACAGAAUAUAUGAUCACUGUUAUUAAAUACAGACUACAGGAUCACUGUUAGUAGAUAAAUAAUCAAUGUUAGUGUAUAGAGUCUACAGGAUUACUGUUAGUAGAUACAGGAUCACUGUUAGUAGAUGCAGGAUCACUGUUAGUAGAUACAGGAUCACUGUUAGUAGAUGCAGGAUCACUGUUAAUAGAUUCAGGAUCGCUGUUAGUAGAUACAGGAUCACUGUUAGUAGAAACAUAAUCACUGUUAGUAGAUACAUUAUCACUGUUAGUAGAUACAGGAUCACUGUUAGUAGAUACAGGAUCACUGUUAGUAGAUACAGGAUCACUGUUAGUAGAUACAGGAUCACUGUUAGUAGAUACAGGAUCACUGAUGUAGAUACAUGAUCACUGUUAGUAGAUACAGGAUCACUGUUAGUAGAUACAGGAUCACUGUUAGUAGAUACAGGAUCAAUGUUAGUAGAUACAGGAUCACUUUUAGUAGAUACAGGAUCAAUGUUAGUAGAUACAUACCACAAUAUAUCUGUUAGUAGAUACAGGAUCAUUGUUAUUAGAUAAAGGAUCAAUGUUAGUAAAUACAUAUUACUGAUUCACUGUUAGUAAAUACAGACUACAGGAUUACUGUUACUAGAUGCAGACUACAGGAUGACUGUUAGUAGAUACAGGAUCACUGUUAGUAGAUACCUACUGAAGGAUCACUGUUACUAGAUACAGACUAAAUGAUCACUGUUAGUAGAUGCAGGAUCACUGAUAGUAGAUACAGGAUCAAUUGUUGUACAUAGAGGAUCGUUGCUAGUCAAUACGUGAUCACUGCUAGUCGAUACACUUUUCUCUGUUAGUAGAUUCAUACUGCAGGAUCACUGUUAGUAGAUACAGAGUAUAGGAUCACUGUUAGUAAAUACAGAUUACAGGUUCCAGUUUGAAAAUACAGACCACAUGAUGACUGUUAUUAAAUACAAACUACAUCACUGUUAGUAAGUACAGACUACAUAAUCACUGUUACUAGAUACAGGAUAACUGUUAGCAGAUACAGGAUCACUGUUAAUAGAUGCAGGAUCACUGUUAGUAGAUACAGGAUCACAGUUAGUAGAUACAGUCUACAGGAUCACUGUUAGUAGAUACACCAUUAAUGUUAGUAGAUACAAACUGUAGGAUCACUGUUAGUAGAGACAGGAUCACUGUUAGUAGAUACAGAUUCACUAUUACUAGAUACAGGAUUACUGUUAGUACAUACAUACCACAUGAUCACUGUUGCUAGAUACAGACUGCAGGAUCACUGUUAGUAGAUACAGGAUUACUGUUAGUAGAUACAGGAUCAAUGUUAGUAGAUACAGGAUUACUGUUAGUAGAUACAGGAUCACUGUUAGUAGAUACAGGAUCAAUGUUAGUAGAUACAGGAUCACUGCUAAUAGAUACAGGAUCAAUGUUAGUAGAUACAGCAUCACUGUAAGUAGAUACAUGAACACUGUUAGUAGAUACAGGAUUACUGUUAGUAGAUACAAGAUCAAUGUUAUUAGAUACAGGAUCACUGUCAGUAGAUACAGGAUCACUGUUAGUAGACACAGGAUCACUGAUAUAGAUACAGGAUCACUGUUUAUAGAUACAGGAUCACUGUUAGUAGAUAUAUACUACAGGAUCACUGUUAGUAAAUACAGGAUCACUGUUAGUAGAUACAGACUACAGGAUCACUGUUAGUAGAUACAUGAUCACUGUUAGUAGAUACAUGAUCACUAUUAGUAGAUACAUGAUCACUGUUAGUAGAUACAGGAUCACUAUUAGUAGAUACAUGAUCACUGUUAGUAGAUACAGGAUCACUAUUAGUAGAUACAUAAUCACUGUUAGUACAUACAGGAUCACUGUAAGUAGAUACAGGAUCACUGUUAUUAAAUACAAACUACAUGAUCACUCUUAUUAAAUACAAACUAAACAAUCAUUGUUAGAAAAUAUAGACCACAGGAUCACUGUUAAUAGAUGCAGGAUCACAGAUCACCUUUAGAGGAUCCAUGAUGAUUGUUAGUGGAUACAGACUACAUGAUCACUGUUAGUAGAUACAGGAUCACUGUUAUUAGAUACAGGAUCAAUGUUAGUAGAUACUGGAUCAUUGUUAGUAGAUACAUGAUCAUUGUUAGUAGAUACAGGAUCACUAUUAGUAGAUAAAUGAUCACUGUUAGUAGAUACAGGAUCACUGUUAGUAGAUACAGGAUCACUGUCAGUAGAUACAGGAUCACUGUUAGUAGAUACAGGUUCACUGAUGUAGAUUCAGGAUCACUGUUCAUAGAUACAGGAUCACUGUUAGUAGAUACAUACUACAGGAUCACUGUUAGUAAAUACAGGAUCACUGUUAGUAGAUACAGGAUCAAUGUUAGUAGAUACAGGAUCACUGUCAGUAGAUACAGGAACACUGUUAAUAGACCCAGGAUCACUGAUGUAGAUACAGGAUAACUGUUUAUAGAUACAGGAUCACUGUUAGUAGAUACAUACUACAGGAUCACUGUUAGUAAAUACAUGAUCUCUUUUAGUUGAUACUGGAUCACUGUUAGUAGAUACAGAUUAAAUGAUCACUCUUAUUAAUAUAAACUGCAUGUUCACUGUUAGUAAAUACAGAUUUCAGGUUCACUGUUAGUAAAUACAGAUUACAGGUUCACUGUUAGUAAAUACAGAUACAGGAUCACUGUUAGUAAAUACAGACUCCAUGAUCACUGUUAGUUGAUGCAGACUGAAGGAUCACUGUUACUAGAUACAGACUGCAGGAUCGCUUUUAGUAGAUACAUUAUCAAUGUUAAUAGACACAGGAUCACUGUUAGUAAAUACAGGCUAAAUGAUCACUGGUAGUAAAUACAGACUACAGGAUCACUGUUAGUAAAUACAGACUACAGGAUCACUUUUAGUAAAUACAGACUAUAGGAUCACUGUUAGUAAAUACAGACUACAGAAUCACUGUUAGUAAAUACAGAUUACAUGAUCACUGUUAGGAAAUACAAACUACAGGACCACUGGUAGUAAAUACAGACUACAGGAUCACUGGUAGUAAACAAAGACUACAGGAUCACUGGUAGUAAAUACAGACUACAGAAUCCCUGUUAGUAAAUAUAGACUACAGCAUCACUGUUAGUAAAUACAGAAUAUAUGAUCACUGAUAUUAAAUACAGACUACAGGAUCACUGUUAGUAGAUAAAUAAUCAAUGUUAGUAGAUACAGUCUACAGGAUUACUGUUAGUAGAUACAGGAUCACUGUUAGUAGAUGCAGGAUCACUGUUAGUGGAUUCAGGAUCGCUGUUAGUAGACACAUGAUCACUGUUAGUAGAAACAUAAUCACUGUUAGUAGAUACAGGAUCACUGAUGUAGAUACAUGAUCACUGUUAGUAGAUACAGGAUCACUGUUAGUAGAUACAGGAUCACUGUUAGUAGAUACAGGAUCAAUGUUAGUAGAUACAGGAUCACUGUUAGUAGAUACAGGAUCAAUGAUAGUAGAUACAUACCACAAGAUAUCUGUUAAGUAGAUACAGGAUCAUUGUUAUUAGAUAAAGGAUCACUGUUAGUAGAUACAGAUUACAGAUUCACUGUUAGUAAAUACAGACUACAGGAUUACUGUUAGUAGAUACAGACUACAGGAUGACUGUUAGUAGAUACAGGAUCAAUGUUAGUAGAUACAUACUACAAGAUAUCUGUUAGUAGAUACAGGAUAAUUGUUAUUAGAUAAAGGAUCACUGUUAGUAAAUACAGAUUACAGAUUCACUUUUAGUAAAUACAGACUACAGGAUUACUUUUAGUAGAUACAGACUACAGGAUGACUGUUAGUAGAUACAGGAUCACUGUUAGUAGAUACCUACUGAAUGAUCACUGUUACUAGAUACAGACUAAAUGAUCACUGUUAGUAGUUGCAGGUUCACUGAUAGUAGAUACAGGAUCAAUUGUUGUACAUGGAUGAUCGUUGCUAGUCAAUACGUGAUCACUGCUAGUCGAUACACUUUUCUCUGUUAGUAGAUUCAUACUGCAGGAUCACUGUUAGUAGAUACAGAGUAUAGGAUCACUGUUAGUAAAUACAGAUUACAGGUUCACAGUUUGUAAAUACAGACCACGUGAUGACUGUUAUUAAAUACAAACUACAUCACUGUUAGUAAGUACAGACUACAUAAUCACUGUUACUAGAUACAGGAUAACUGUUAGCAGAUACAGGAUCACAGUUAGUAGAUACAGUCUACAGGAUCACUGUUAGUAGAUACACCAUUAAUGUUAGUAGAUACAAACUGUAGGAUCACUGUUAGUAGAGACAGGAUCACUGUUAGUAGAUACAGAUUCACUGUUACUAGAUACAGGAUUACUGUUAGUACAUACAUACCACAUGAUCACUGUUGCUAGAUACAGACUGCAGGAUCACUGUUAGUAGAUACAGGAUUACUGUUAGUAGAUACAGGAUCAAUGUUAGUAGAUACAGGAUUACUGUUAGUAGAUACAGGAUCACUGUUAGUAGAUACAGGAUCAAUGUUUGUAGAUACAGGAUCACUGCUAGUAGAUACAGGAUCAAUGUUAGUCGAUGCAGGAUCAAUGUAGGUAUAUAUAGGAUCACUGUAAGUAGAUACAUGAUCACUGUUAGUAGAUACAGGAUUACUGUUAGUAGAUACAGGAUCAAUGUUAGUAGAUACAGGAUCAAUAUUAUUAGAUACAGGAUCACUGUCAGUAGAUACAGGAUCACUGUUAGUAGACACAGGAUCACUGAUAUAGAUACAGGAUCCCUGUUUAUAGAUACAGGAUCACUGUUAGUAGAUACAUACUGCAGGAUCACUGUUAGUAAAUACAGGAUCACUGUUAGUAGAUACAGACUACAGGAUCACUGUUAGUAGAUACAGGGUCACUGUUAGUAGAUACAUGAUCACUAUUAGUAGAUACAUGAUCACUGUUAGUAGAUACAGGAUCACUAUUAGUAGAUACAUGAUCACUGUUAGUAGACACAGGAUCACUAUUAGUAAAUACAUAAUCACUGUUAGUAGAUACAGGAUCACUGUUAGUAGAUACAGGAUCACUGUUAUUAAAUACAAACUACAUGAUCACUGUUAUUAAAUACAAACUACACGAUCAUUGUUAGAAAAUACAGACAACAGGAUCACUGUUAAUAGAUGCAGGAUCACAGAUCACCUUUAGAGGAUCCAUGAUGAUUGUUAGUGGAUACAGACUACAUGAUCACUGUUAGUAGAUACAGGAUCACUGUUAGUAGAUACAUGAUCAUUGUUAGUAGAUACAGGAUCACUAUUAAUAGAUACAUGAUCACUGUUAGUAGAUACAGGAUCACUGUUAGUAGAUACAGGAUCACUGUCAGUAGAUACAGGAUCACUGAUGUAGAUUCAGGAUCACUGUUUAUAGAUACAGGAUCACUGUUAGUAGAUACAUACUACAGGAUCACUGUUAGUAAAUACAGGAUCACUGUUAGUAGAUACAGUAUCACUGUUAGUAGAUACAGGAUCACUGUCAGUAGAUACAGGAUCACUUUUAGUAGACCCAGGAUCACUGAUGUAGAUACAGGAUAACUGUUUAUAGAUACAGGAUCACUGUUAGUAGAUACAUACUACAGGAUCACUGUUAGUAAAUACAGGAUCUCUGUUAGUCGAUACUGGAUCACUGUUAGUAGAUAGAGACUACAUGAUCACUCUUAUUAAUACAAACUGCAUGUUCACUGUUAGUAAAUACAGAUUUCAGGUUCACUGUUAGUAAAUACAGAUUACAGGUUCACUGUUAGUAAAUACAGAUUACACGAUCACUGUUAGUAAAUACAGUGAUCGUGUAAUGGUCCUCUGUAGCUCAGCUGGUAGAGCACGGCGCUUGUAACGCCAAGGUAGUGGGUUCGAUCCCCGGGACCACCCAUACACAAAAAUGUAUGCACGCAUGACUGUAAGUCGCUUUGGAUAAAAGCGUCUGCUAAAUGGCAUAUUAUUAUUAUUAUUAUAAAUACAGACUCCAUGAUCACUGUUAGUUGAUGCAGACUGAAGGAUCACUGUUACUAGAUACAGACUGCAGGAUCGCUUUUAGUAGAUACAUGAUCACUGUUAAUAGAUACAUGAUCACUGUUAGUAGAUACAGGAUCACUAUUAGUAGAUACAGGAUUACUGUUAGUUGAUACAGGAUCACUGUUAGUAAAUACAGGAUCACUGUUAGUAGAUACAGUAUCACUGUUAGUAUAUACAAACUACACGGUCAGUGUUAGUAAAACAGAUUACAGGAUCACUGUUAGUAAAUACAGAUUACUGGAUCACUGUUAGUAGAUACAGACUACAUGAUCAGUCUUAUUAAUACAAACUGCAUGUUCACUGUUAGUAAAUACAGAUUAAAGGUUCACUGUUAGUAAAUACAGAUUACAGGAUCACUGUUAGUAAAUACAGACUCCAUGAUCACUGUUAGUUGAUGCAGACUGAAGGAUCACUGUUACUAGAUACAGACUGCAGGAUCGCUUUUAGAAGAUACAUGAUUACUGUUAAUAGAUACAGGAUCACCGUCAGUAGAUACAGGAUCACUGUUAGUAUAUGCACGAUCACUGUCAGUAGAUACAGGAUCACAGUUAGUAGAUACAGUGUACAGGGUCGCUGUUAGUAGAUACAGGAUCACUGUUAGUAGAUACAGGAUCACUGUUAGUAGAUACAGGAUCACUUUAGUACAUAUAUACAUGCCACAGGAUCACAGUUGCUAGAUACAGACUGCAGGAUCGCUUUUAGUAGAUACAGGAUCACUGCUAGUUGAAACAGAAUCACUUUAGUAUAUACAGGAUCACUGUAAGUAGAUACAGUAUCACUGUUAGUAGAUACAGUAUCACUGUUAGUAGAUACAGGAUCAAUGUUAGUAGAUUCAGAAUAACUGUUAGUAAAUACAGACUAAAUUAUCACUGUUAAUAGAUACAGACUGCAUGAUCGCUUUUAGUAGAUACAGGAUCAAUGUUAGUUGAUACAUAAUCACUGUCAGUAGAUUCAGGAUCACUGUUAGUAAAUACAGAAUAAAUGAUCACUGUUAGCAAAUAUAUGAUCACUAUUAGUAAAAACAGACUACAUGAUCACUGUUAGUAGAUACAGGAUCCCUGUUAGUAGAUACAGGAUCACUGUUAGUAGAUACAGGAUCACUGUUAGUAAAUACAGGAUCCCUGUUAGUAGAUACAGGAUCACUGAUAGUAGAUACAGGAUCACUGUUAGUAGAUACAAGAUUACUGUUAGCAGAUACAUGCCACAGGAUCACUGUUACUAGAUUCAUUAUGCAGGAUCGCUUUUAGUAGAUACAGGAUCACUGUCAGUUGAUACAUAAUUACUGUCAGUAGAUUCAGGAUCACUGUUAGUAGAUACAGACUGCAGGAUCAAUGUUAAUAGAUACAUACCGCAAGACAACUACCCCCCAACAUUGACUCGGUACCGAUACCCCCUGUUAAUAGAUAAAAACCACAAGACAUCUACCCCCACACAUUGACACGGUACCGGUACCCCCUGUUAAUAGAUACAUACCGCAAGACAACUACCCCCCACAUUGACACAGUACCGGUACCCCCUGUUAAUAGAUACAUGCCACAAGACAACUACCCCCCACAUUGACACGGUACCGGUACCCCCUGUUAAUAGAUACAUACCACAAGACAACUACCCCCCCACAUUGACACGGUACCGGUACCCCCUGUAUAUAGAUACAUACCACAAGACAACUACCCCCCCACAUUGACUCGGUACCGGUACCCCCUGUUAAUAGAUAAAUACCACAAGACAACUUCCCCCCCACAUUGACACGGUACCGGUACCCCCUGUUAAUAGAUACAUACCACAAGACAUUUACCCCCCCACAUUGACACGGUACCGGUACCCCCUGUAUAUAGAUACAUACCACAAGACAACUACCCCCCCACAUUGACACGGUACCGGUACCCCUGUAUAUAUAGCCUCGUUAUUGUUAUACUGUAUUAUCGUUGUUCUUUAUUACUUUUGUUUAUUUAGUUAAAAUAAUUCUCAACUCUUAUUUUUCUUAAAACUGCAUUUUUGGUUAAGGGCUUGUAAGUAAGCAUUUUACGGUAAGGUCUACAUCUGUUGAAUUCGGCGCAUGUGACAAAUACAAUUUGAUUUGAUUUGAUAUGAUUUGUAUAUAUAGGAUCACUUUUAAUAAAUAUAUGUUAGUAGAUACAGGAUCACUGUUAGUAUCAUCUCUAUCUGUGAGGUUAAAACUAAACCAGACCAUCUAUCCUCCCUGUCUUGUCCAGACUAAACCAGACCAUAUAUACUCUCCGUGAGGUUCAAUUUAAACCAGACCAUCUAUCCUCCCUGUCUGGUCCAGACUAAACCAGACCAUCUAUCCUCUCUAUCUGGUUCAGACUAAACCAGACCAUCUAUCCUCCCUGUCUGGUACAGACUAAACCAGACCAUAUAUUCUCUCCGUGUGGUUCAGACUAAACCAGACCAUCUAUCCACUCUCUGUCUCUCUCUCUGUGUGGUUCAGAUUAAACUAGACCAUCUAUUCUCUCUCUCUGUCUGGUUCAAACUAAACCCGAUCAUCUAUCCUCUCUCUAUGUCUGGUUCAAACUAAACCUGAUCAUCUGUCCUCUCUCUCUGUCUGGUUCAAACUAAACCCGAUCAUCUGUCCUCUCUCUCUGUGUUGUUCAAACUAAACCCGAUCAUCUAUCCUCUCUCUCUGUGUGGUUCAGACAAAACCAGGCCAUCUAUCCUCUCUCUGUCUCUCUCUCUCUCUGUGUGAUUCAAACUAAACCAGACCAUGUAUCCUCUCCGUGUGGUUCAGACUAAACAAAACCAUCUAUUCUCUCUCUCCUCUCUCUCUCUCUCUCUCUCUCUCUCUCUCUCUCUCUCUCUCUCUCUCUCUCUCUCCUCUCUCUCUCUCUCUCUCUCUCUCUCUCUCUCUCUCUCUCUCUCUCUCUCUCUCUCUGUCUGUCUGGUUCAGACUAAACCAGACCAUCUAUACUCUAUCUUUGGUUCAAACUAAAGCAGACCAUUUAGCUUCUCUCUCUGUGUGGUUCAGACUAAACCAGACCAUCUGUCCUCUCUCUGUCUCUCUCUCUGUGUGGUUCAGAUUGGACCAGACCAUCUAUCCCCCCUCCCUGUCCCUCCCAUGGUUCCUCUCCCUUCAAUAAUGUGUUAUUGAAGUGAAAUGGUCACAUUAACCCUGAGCAGCCUGAUGCUCUGUUCUUCAUUGAUCACAUAAACACAGGAUAUAUUUUCUUACAGCAUGACGCAGACGGUUAAGCAUCUCUCCGUCUCUGACAAGAUCAGAGUAGACAGGGAGAGAGAAGGAGAGGAGGAAUGAAGAGGAAUGGAGAGAAGGUAAGAGAGCUCCCCAAGGAGCUCGGUGGGAAAGGCCUCCUGAAGGCUCUCUCGGUGGGAAAGGCCUCCUGAAGGCUCUCUCGGUGGGAAAGGCCUCCUGAAGGCUCUCUCGGUGGGAAAGGCCUCCUGAAGGCUCUCUCGGUGGGAAAGGCCUCCUGAAGGCUCUCUCGGUGGGAAAGGCCUCCUGAAGGCACUCUUGGUGGGAAAGGCCUCCUGAUUGAGCCCUUUUUAUCUGGCCGUGGAAUCAAAUGAAAAGGGUUUGUAAGUUCUGACCUCACAUUAAUCACGAAGCAGAAGUUGUAACCCUGGUGAUUUGUUAGCUGACCUGUUUUCAUCAGGUCCCAUCUACUACCAGAAGUUAAUAUGGAGGACACAUUAUCUUUAAGUGCAGCUACACUCUUAGAAUAAAAGGUGCUAUCUAGAACCUAAAUGGGUUAUUCGGCUGUCCCCACAGGAGAACCCCUUUGAAGAGCCCUUUUUGGUUCCAGGUGGGACCCUGCUCUGCUCUUUAACAUAGCCCAAUUCAAAAUGCACUCUCAAACUUUUGUAUAAUUUCAGCCAGUAGUUUUGAAAGCGCUGCUCACGAGCCAAAAGUGGUCCCUGUGUCAUCCAACUGUGUACUACUUCAUCCAACUGUGUACUACUUCAUCCAACAGUGUACUACUUCAUCCAACUGUGUACUACUUCAUCCAACUGUGUACUACUUCAUCCAACUGUGUACUACUUCAUCCAUUCUGUGUGAUAUGUUACGAUUUAUGCAAUGUAUGUGAUACAGUAUGUUAUGAAUCCAAGUUGUGCAAUAUCCAUGAGUUUGUUUUUAAGGCUGACAUAUUAAUAUCACAUGUGUUGGUUCACUGUGUUGGGCUGUGUUGUUAGCUAGUCCAACAUGUUGUAAAGCAGCAUGAGUCUGCAAGGCUAUCUAUCUGAUAUAUUUUAGACCAGCAUUACAACAUCAAUACUAUCUGAUACAUGUUAGAGCAGCAUUAACACAUUAAGACUAUCUGAUACAUGUUAGAGCAGCAUUAACAUAUGAAGAUUAUCUGAUACAUGUUAGAGCAACAUUAACAUAUUAAGAUUAUCUGAUACAUGUUAGAGCAGCAUUAACACAUCAAUAAUAUCUGAUACAUGUUAGAGCAGCAUUAACACAUCAAGACUAUCUGAUACAUGUUAGAGCAGCAUUAACACAUUAAGAUUAUCUGAUACAUGUUAGAGCAGCAUUAACACAUUAAGAUUAUCUGAUACAUGUUAGAGCAGCAUUAAAAAAGCAAUACUUGUGAUGCAUGUUAGAGCAGAAUUAACACAUCAAGACUAUCUGAUGCAUGUUAGAGCAGCAUUAACACAUCAAGAUUAUCUGAUAUAUGUUAGAGCAGCAUUAACACAUCAAGAAUAUCUGAUACAUAUUAGAGCAGCAUUAAGAUAUUAAGAUUAUAUGAUACAUGUUAGAGCAGCAUUAACACAUUAAGACUAUCUGAUACAUGUUAGAGCAGCAUUAACAUAUUCAGAUUAUCUGAUACAUGUUAGAGCAGCAUUAACACAUCAAUACUAUCUGAUACAUUUUAGAGCAGCAUUAACACAUUAAGACUAUCUGAUACAUGUUAGAGCAGCAUUAACACAUCAAGACUAUCUGAUACAUGUUAGAGCAGCAUUAACACAUUAAGAUGAUCUGAUACAUGUUAGACCAGCAUUAACACAUCAAGAUUAUCUGAUACAUGUUAGAGAAGCAUUACAACAUCAAUACUAUCUGAUACAUGUUAGAGCAGCAUUAACACAUUAAGAUUAUGUGAUACAUGUUAGAGCAGCAUUAACAUAUUAAGAUUACCUGAUACAAGUUAGAGCAGCAUUAAAACAUCAAGACUAUGUGAUACAUGUUAGAGCAGCAUUAACAUAUUAAGAUUAUCUGAUACAUGUUAGACCAGCAUUAACAUUUUAAUAUUAUCUGAUACAUGUUAGAGCAGCAUUAACAUAUUAAGAUUAUCUGAUACAUGUUAGAGCAGCAUUAACAUAUCAAUGUUAUCUGAUACAUGUUAGAGCAGCAUUAACAUAUUAAGAUUAUCUGAUACAUGUUAGAGCAGAAUUAACACAUCAAGAUUAUCUGAUACAUGUUAGAGCAGCAUUAACAUAUUAAGAUUAUCUGAUACAUGUUAGAGCAGCAUUAACACAUCAAUACUAUCUGAUUCAUGUUAGAGCAGCAUUAACACAUCAAUACUAUCUGAUUCAUGUUAGAGCAGCAUUAACACAUCAAUACUAUCUGAUAAUUUGUAAGUCGCUCUGGAUAAGAGCGUCUGCUAAAUGACAUAAAUGUAAAUGUAAUACAUGUUAGAGCAGCAUUAACACAUCAAGAUUAUCUGAUACAUGUUAGAGAAGCAUUACAACAUCAAUACUAUCUGAUACAUGUUAGAGCAGCAUUAACACAUUAGGGGUCUCCUGAGUGGCGCAGUGGUCUAAGGCACUGCAUCGCAGUGCUAACUGUGCCACUAGAGAUCCUGGUUCGAAUCCAGGCUCUGUCGCAGCCGGCCGCGACCGGGAGACUCAUGGGUGGCGCACAAUUGGCCCAGCGUCGUCCAGGGUAGGGGAGGGAAUGGCCGGCAGGGAUGUAGCUCAGUUGAUAGAGCAUGGCGUUUGCAACGCCAGGGUUGUGGGUUCAAUUCCCACGGGGGGCCAGUAUAUAUAAAAAAAUAUGUAUUCACUAACUGUAAGUCGCUCUGGAUAAGAGCGUCUGCUAAAUGACUAAAAUGUAAAUGUAAAAUUAAGAUUAUCUGAUACAUGUUAGAGCAGCAUUAACACAUUAAGAUUACCUGAUACAAGUUAGAGCAGCAUUAACACAUCAAGACUAUGUGAUACAUGGUAGAGCAGCAUUAACACAUCAAGACUAGCUGAUACGUGUUAGAGCAGCAUUAAUAUAUUAAGAUUAUCUGAUACAAGUUAGAGCAGUAUUAACACAUUAAGGAUGUCUGAUACAUGUUAGAGCAGCAUUAACACAUCAAUACAAUCUGAUACAUCUUAGACCAGCAUUACCAUAUUAAUACUAUCUGAUACAUGUUAGACCAGCAUUAACACAUUAAUAAUAUCUGAUACAUGUUAGAGCAGCAUUAACACAUUAAGACUAUCUGAUACAUGUUAGAGCAGCAUUAACACAUUAAGAUGAUCUGAUACAUGUUAGACCAGCAUUAACACAUCAAGAUUAUCUGAUACAUGUUAGAGAAGCAUUACAACAUCAAUACUAUCUGAUACAUGUUAGAGCAGCAUUAACACAUUAAGAUUAUGUGAUACAUGUUAGAGCAGCAUUAACACAUUAAGAUUACCUGAUACAAGUUAGAGCAGCAUUAACACAUCAAGACUAUGUGAUACAUGUUAGAGCAGCAUUAACAUAUUAAGAUUAUCUGAUACAUGUUAGACCAGCAUUAACACAUUAAUAUUAUCUGAUACAUGUUAGAGCAGCAUUAACAUAUUAAGAUUAUCUGAUACAUGUUAGAGCAGCAUUAACAUAUCAAGGUUAUCUGAUACAUGUUAGAGCAGCAUUAACAUAUUAAGAUUAUCUGAUACAUGUUAGAGCAGCAUUAACACAUCAAGAUUAUCUGAUACAUGUUAGAGCAGCAUUAACACAUCAAUACUAUCUGAUUCAUGUUAGAGCAGCAUAAACACAUCAAUACUAUCUGAUAAUUUGUAAGUCGCUCUGGAUAAGAGCAUCUGCUAAAUGAUGUAAAUGUAAAUGUAAUACAUGUUAGAGCAGCAUUAACACAUCAAGAUUAUCUGAUACAUGUUAGAGCAGCAUUAACACAUCAAGAUUAUCUGAUACAUGUUAGAGAAGCAUUACAACAUCAAUACUAUCUGAUACAUGUUAGAGCAGCAUUAACACAUUAAGAUUAUCUGAUACAUGUUAGAGCAGCAUUAACACAUUAAGAUUACCUGAUACAAGUUAGAGCAGCAUUAACACAUCAAGACUAUGUGAUACAUGUUAGAGCAGCAUUAACACAUCAAGACUAUCUGAUACGUGUUAGAGCAGCAUUAAUAUAUUAAGAUUAUCUGAUACAAGUCAGAGCAGUAUUAACACAUUAAGGCUGUCUGAUACAUGUUAGAGCAGCAUUAACACAUCAAUACAAUCUGAUACAUCUUAGACCAGCAUUACCAUAUUAAUACUAUCAGAUACAUGUUAGAGCAGCAUUAACACAUUAAUACUAUCUGAUACAUGUUAGAGCAGCAUUAACAUAUUAAGAUGAUAUGAUACAUGUUAGACCAGCAUUAACACAUUAAGAUUAUCUGAUACAUGUUAGAGCAGCAUUAACAUAUUAAGAUUAUCUGAUACAUGUUAGAGCAUCAUUAACAUAUCAAGGUUAUCUGAUACAUGUUAGAGCAGCAUUAACAUAUUGUGAUUAUCUGAUACAUGUUAGAGCAGCAUUAACACAUCAAUAUUAUCUGAUACAUGUUAGAGCAGCAUUACACAUCAAUACUAUCUGAUUCAUGUUAGAGCAGCAUUAACACAUCAAUACUUGUGAUGCAUGUUAGAGCAGCAUUAACAUAUCAACAUUAUAUUUUGAUUUGAUUUGUUAGGAACCCCAUUAGCCGACACCAAUGGCGACAACUAGUCUUUCUGGGGUCCAACAUAAAGACAUUAUAGAAAAAUUACUUUACAAUUUAGCUGCAUUUAAAAACAUGAACAUGUAGUGUGUGUGUGCAUCUGUCAUGAAUGUCUGUGGAAUGCGGUACGCCAGAGUCAAGCGCAAUACACAUAAUGAAAUGAAGAUAUACUUUACUGUAUAGUAAAGAAACAAGCAAAACCUCCAACACAGGGAGGAGCAAACCCACUCACAAACGACCCACGAAACAAGUAACAAACACACACAACACACAGUGGGAGAGAACAGGUUAAAUAGGGAAGGACAUAAUCACAUAAUGGAAAACAGGUGCAACACUAGACAACAACCAGAUGAACAUAGAAACAUAAAACAUAGAUCGGCAGCAGCUAUUAUACCGGUGACGACAAACGCCGAAGCCUGCCCGAACCAGAAGGAAGGGCAGCCUUGGCAGAAUCCGCGACAGUACCCCCCCGGCUCCAGCCGCGCGUCGACACCGGCCUCGGGGACGGCCAGCAGGACGCGGCGCGGGGCGAGUCGGAUGAUUUCGAUGAAAUUCUCUCAACAAGGAGGGAUCGAGGAUAUCCCUCCUAGGCACCCAGCACCGCUCCUCCGGACCGUACCCCUCGAUGUCAAGUGGGGGCGGAGGAAUCUCCCGUAUCUCAGAUUCCUAGAGUGGACCAUCUACCACCGGCCUGAGGAGAGACACAUGGAACGAGGGGUUAAUGCGAUAAUCAGUAGGAAGCUGUAACCUAUAACAUACCUCGUUCUAUCUCCUCAGGACUUUAAAUGGGCCCACAAACCGCUUACCCAACUUCCGGCAGGGCAGGCGAAGGGGUAGGUUUCGGGUCGAGAGCCAGACCCGGUCCCCCGGUGCAUACACCGGGGCUUCACUGCGGUAGCGGUCGGCACUCGCCUUCUGCCGCCUGCAGGCGUUCAUGGGCAGUGUCCCAGGUCUCCUGCGAGCGCCGAACCCACUCGUCCACCGCAGGUACCUCGAUCUGGCUCUGAUGCCAAGGGGCCAGGGCCGGCUGAUAACCAAACACACACUGGAAAGGAGUAAGGUCAGUUGAGGAGUGGCGGUUGGAGUUCAUUGCCAUCUCUGCCCAGGGAAGGAAAACCGACCACUCCCCUCGCCGGUCCUGGCAAUACGACCUCAGAAACCUACCCACCUCCUGGUUGAUUCUCUCCACCUGCCCGUUACUCUCGGGGUGAAAACCUGAGGUAAGGCUAACCGAGAUCCCCAACCAUUCCAUGAACGCCCUCCAAACCCUUGAGGUGAAUUGGGGACCCCGAUCAGACACGAUAUCCUCAGGCACACCGUAGUGCCGGAAGACGUGGGUAAAUAGGGCCUCGGCAGUUUUUAGGGUCGUAGGGAGUCCGGGCAGAGGAAGGAGGCGACAGGACUUAGAAAACCGAUCCACAACGACCAGGAUGGUUGUGUUCCCUUUUGAGGGAGGAAGAUCAGUCAUAAAAUCCACCGAUAGGUGGGACCACGGUCGUUGUGGAACGGGUAGAGGUUGUAAUUUCCCUCUGGGCAGGUGUCUAGGAGCCUUACACUGGGCGCACACCGAGCAGGAGGAAACAUAAACCCUCACGUCCUUAGCUAAGGUGGGCCACCAGUACUUCCCACUAAGACAGUGCACUGUCCGACCGAUGCCAGGAUUACCAGAGGAAGGUGACGUGUGAGCCCAAUAGAUCAAACGAUCGCGGACCUCCAGCGGUACGUACAUACGACCCUCUGGACACUGGGGAGGAGUGGGUUCGUUACGCAACACCCACAUCGAUGUCCGCAUCAACCUCCCAUACCACUGGUGCCACCAGACACGACACCGGAAGUAUGGGAGUGGGCUUCACGGAACUCUCCUCCUUGUCAUGCAGUCGGGAAAGAGCAUAAGCCUUAGCGUUCUGGGACCCUGGCCUGAAAGAAAGGGUAAAAACUAAACGGGUGAGCAACAUGGACCACCUUGCCUGGCGAGGGUUUAACCUCUUCGCUGCUCGGAUGUACUCCAGAUUGCGGUGGUCAAUCAAAAUGAGAAAAGGGUGUUUAGCCCCCUCAAGCCAAUGUCUCCACGCUUUCAGGGCUUUGACCACAGCCAACAGCUCCUGGUCCCCCACAUCAUAGUUGCACUCCGCCGGGCAAAGCUUCUUCGAAAAGAAAGCACAGGGGCGGAGCUUGGGUGGCUUGCCCGAGCGCUGAGAAAGUACAGCGCCUAGCCCAGCCUCGGACGCGUCCACCUCAACCGUGAAGGCCAAGGAGGGAUCCGGAUGAGCCAGCACUGGAGCCGAGGUAAACAGGUCCUUCAGGUGACUAAAAGCCCUGUCCGCCUCAGCUGACCACCGCAGACGCACCCCCCCCCCCCCCCCCCCCCCCCCCCCCCCCCCUUCAGCAACGAGGUAAUGGGAGCCGCUACCUGACCAAAGCCCCGGAUAAACCUCCGGUAGUAGUUGGCAAACCCCAAGAAUCGCUGCACCUCCUUCACCGUGAUUGGAGUCGACCAAUUACGCACGGCCGAAAUGCGGUCACUCUCCAUCCUCACCCCAGAUGCGGACAUGUGGUACUCUAGGAAGGAGAUGGACUCCUGAAAGAACAGGCAUUUCUCUGCCUUAGCAUACAGGUCAUGCUCCAACAGUCUUCCAAGCACUUUACGCACCAGGGACACAUGCUCGGCCCUUGUAGUGGAGUAUAUAAGGAUGUCAUCAAUAUACAACACUACCCCUUGUCCGUGCAGGUCCCUGAAAAUCUCAUCCACAAAUGACUGGAAAACUGAUGGAGCAUUCAUUAACCCGUAUGGCAUGACAAGAUACUCAUAAUGUCCAGAGGUGGUACUAAAUACUGUCUUCCACUCAUCUGCCUCCCGGAUACGCACUAGGUUGUACGCGCUCCUGAGUUCCAAUUUUGUGAAGAAGCGUGCCCCGUGCAAUGAUUCCGUCAUACUAGCUAUCAGGGGUAAUGGAUAGCUGUACUUAAUGGUAAUCUGAUUUAAGCCACGGUAAUCAAUGCACGGGCGUAACCCACCAUCUUUCUUCUUCACAAAAAAGAAACUCGAGGAGACAGGUGAAGUGGAUGGCCGAAUGUAUCCCUGUCUCAGAGAUUCGGUGACAUUUGUCUCCAUAGCCGCCCUCUCCUCCUGAGACAAAGGAUACACGUGACUCCGGGAAAGUGCAGCUCCUACCUGGAGAUUUAUCGCGCAAUCCCCCGGACGAUGAGGUGGUAAUUUAGUCACCCUCUUUUUACUGAAGGCGAUAGCCAAAUCGGCAUACUCGGCAGGAAUGUGCAUAGUGGAAACCUGGUUUGGACUUUCCACCGUAGUUGCCCCCAAGGAAACUCCUACACACCUCCCUGAACACUGACCGGACCAUCCCUUGAGAGCCCUCUGUUGCCAUGAAAUCAUGGGGUCAUGAAUGGUUAACCAGGGAAGUCCCAACACCACAGGAUACGCAGGAGAAUCAAUCAGAUAGAGGCUAAUCCUCUCCUCAUGACCCCCCUGCGUCCUCAUCAGAAGUGGAGCGGUGACCUCCCUGAUUAUGCCUGACCCUAAUGCAUGCACGGGGAAAGGUUUCUCAACAGACAUAGUAGGGAUCCCUAAACUACGAGCAUACUGGCGAUCAAUAAAAUUCCCAGCCCCGCCUGAAUCUACUAGCGCCUUAUGCUGGGAAUGGGGGGAAAACUCUGGAAAAACUAUGUCAAUACACAGAUUAGCAACAGGAGGCUCUGGGUGAGUCGGGUGCCUACUCACCUGAGACGGUCGACCAGUGCUCUGCCUGCUGCCUCGACCUCCUGAGGACCCUCCCCAGCACCGACCAGCAGUGUGUCCUCUGUGGCCACAGUUGGUGCAGGGGACGGUCCCUCUCACCGUCUCCCUAACCGCAGCACCUCCGAGCUCCAUGGGUGUAGCCUCGGAGGUGCUGGGGGAUGGAAUGGACGGCCCCUGAUCAGAACGUCCGCGGGCUGCCAACAGGUUAUCCAACCUGAUGGACAUGUCCACCAGUUGGUCCAGGUUAAGAUCGGUGUCCCUGCAGGCCAGUUCCUGGCGGACGUCCUCCCUUAAGCUGCAACGAUAAUGGUCGAUCAGGGCCCUCUCAUUCCAUCCCGCGCUUGCUGCUAAAGUUCUAAACUCCAGCGCAAACUCCUGCGUGCUCCUCAUCUCCUGUCGUAGGUGAAACAGACGUUCAGCCUACACCCGCUCUCCCUUCUGGUGGAUGAUCGAAUACCGCCCAGAAGCGGCGGGUGAAGUCCUCGUAGCGCACAGUUCUCGAUUCUAUUCCUCCCCACUCGCCGUUGGCCCAUUCCAGCGCCUUCCCCGAUAGACAGGAGAUGAGGGCGGACACGCUCUCAUAUCCCGAGGGCACCGGGUGAAUGGUGGUAGAGCUCUACCUGGAGGAGAAAUCCCUGGCACCAGGCAGGUGUACCGUCAUAUGCCCUUGGGAGCGAGAGCCGAAUCCCACUGGACCCAGGUGGUGGAGUGGUAACCAGUGUUGUAGGUGGUUGAGUGGUUGGAGAUGGUGAAGGGAUACCACCUCUCUCCCAUCGUUCCAUCGUCUGGAACACUUGUUCCAUGGUGACACCGAGAGUCUGAAUCAUCAUCUCUUGUCGUUGAACUCGUUCCUCCAUCGUCUCGGAUUAAUCCGGCUGUUCCUGCUGACUCCAUAGAGGUGCGUGUUUCUGUCAUGAAUGUCUGUGGAAUGCGGUAGGCCAGAGUCAAGCGCAGGACACAGAAUGAAAUGAAGAUAUACUUUACUGUAUAGUAAAGAAACAAGCAAAACCUCCAACACAGGGAGGAGCAAACCCGCUCACAAACGACACUCGAAACAAGUAACAAACACGCACAACACACAGUGGGAGAGAACAGGUUAAAUAGGGAAGGACAUAAUCACAUAAUGGAAAACAGGAGCAACACUAGACAACAACCAGAUGAACAUAGAAACAUAAAACAUAGAUCGGCAGCAGCUAUUAUACCGGUGACGACGAACGCCGAAGCCUGCCCGAACCAGAAGGAAGGGCAGUCUCGGCAGAAUCCAUGACAGCAUCUAUCAGUUACACAUACAUGUCAGUACAUACACACAACAAGUAUGUCACAUGGGGGAGAGGAGUUGUGUCAUGAGGUUUUGCUUUAUUUGUUUUGCUGAUCAAUUGCGCUAUAUAAGAUGGAAGGGAGUUCCAUGCAUUCAUGGCUCUGUAUAAUACUGUACAUUUCCUUGAAUUUGUUCUGGACCUGGGGACUGUGAAAAGACCCCUGGUGGCAUGUCACCUGUCGUAGAAAUAUUUGACUCAAAAGUAGUCAACUCAAAAUAUCUCUCAAGAGACUGGAGCUUGUGAAUCCAAAAAUUAGACUUUUAUUAUUUGCAUAACAAAGCCGAGCUUGCUCCAUGGAGCAACUGCUUGCCCUGAACUGGAGCUGUCCUUUUAUACAGACACAAAUGCAUAGUCAACAUACAUAGUUACUCCUCUCCAUGUGAAUGAAUAAAAAAAAUUCAUUAUCACAUGUUGGCUAUUGACAGGGGCUACUUGCGCUUCUCUAAAUGGGGCCUUUGUAUCUUAUUAGUGGCGUGACUCAAAAAAUUAUGUACAUACGUACAUUAAAGAACAAUCACACUCUGUAUUGACUAUAUUCACUAUCCAGACAUAUAUCUGAAGUAAAAAGUAUUAAUCAUGUUCAUUCUGUUUUACCUUUAUCAUUUCAUAACACAUUAUAAAACAUAUCAAUUAAUACUUAAACAUGGUUUAAACAUGUCAUCCAUAACCCAUUCUCGACCACAUACAUUUAAGCAUUUAUAAUUUACCAUCCUCCCUGGCCCUUGAGAUUAUGUGAAUGUGGCUAUGUGUCAGGUCAUAAGCACAAACAAAUGAUAACACUAGUUCCAUUGUUACUCCAAUCUCCACACAGCCACCACGAGGAGUUGUGUCUCCAUCACAUGUCAUUGACAUACCCAGACCAGCUGCAGGGAGUUAUGAAAAACACAUAAAUGUCUCUGCUCUGUAUUAACCCUUCAACUGGUUCUCAAUCCAUAAACAUUUUAAGGCAUAUAGGUGUUUAAUUCUACAACAUAUGUACUUGAAAAUCAUCUAUACACCCCGCUCCUCCGCACACUCCACUUCCGGCUUCCAGUUGAGGCUUGCAUCUACUACAAGACCAUGGUGCUUGCCUACGGAGCUGUGAGGGGAACGGCACCUCCUUACCUUCAGGCUCUGAUCAGACCCUACACCCAAACGAGGGCACUACGUUCAUCCACCUCUGGCCUGCUAGCUCCCCUACCUCUACUGAAGCACAGUUCCCGCUCAGCCCGGUCAAAGCUAUUCGCUGCUCUGGCACCCCAAUGGUGGAACAAGCUCCCCCACGACGCCAGGACAGCGGAGUCACUGACCAGCUUCCGGAGACACUUGAAACCCUACCUCUUUAAGGAAUACCUGGAAUAGUAUAAAGUCAUCCUUCUCCCCCCCCCAAAAAAAAGCCAGUCCCACUGGCUAUCAUAAGUUGAUUGCACCAAUUUGUCAGUCGCUCUGGAUAAGAGCGUCUGCUAAAUGAUGUAAAUGUAAAUAUAAGUGUGUGUGUCAGUGCUGUGUGUAAGUUGACUAUGCAAACAAUUUGGAAUUUCCAACACAUUAAUGUUUCUUAUAAAAACAAGAAGUGACUCAGUCAGUCUUUCCUCAACUCUUAGCCAAAAGAGACUGGCAUGCAUAUUAUUAAUAUUAGCCCUCUGAUUACAAUGAAGAGCAAGACGUGCCACUCUGGUCUGGACCAGUUGCAUCUUAACUAGGUCUUUCUUUGCAGCACUUGACCAUAUGACUGGACAAUAAUCAAGAGAAGAUAAAACUAGAGCCUGCAGGACAUGCUCUGUGGAGUGUGGUGUCAAAAAAGCAGAGCAUCUCUUUAUUACGUACAGACCUCUCCCCAUCUUUACAACUAUUGAAUCUAUAUGUUUUGACCAUGACAGUUUACAAUCCAAGGUAACACCAAGUAAUUUAGUCUCCUCAACGUGUUCUCUCUCUCUCCCUCUCUCUCGCUCUCUUGCUCUACCGCACCUGCUGUCUCGACCUCUGAAUGCUCGGCUAUGAAAGGCCUACUGACAUUUACUCCUGAGGUACUGACCUGUUGCACCAUGUACUCUUAUAAUCUCCACCAGGCACAGCCAGAAGUGGACUGGCCACCCUUCAGAGCCUGGUUCCUCUCUAGGUUUCUUCCUAGGUUCCUGCCUUUCUAGGGAGUUUUUCCUAGCCACCAUACUUCUACAUCUGCAUUGCUUGCUGUGUGGGGUUUUAGGCUGGGUUUCUGUAUAAGCACUUUGUCACAUCUGCUGUUGUAAAAAUGGCUUUAUAAAUACAUUUGAUUUGAUUUUAAUUUGAUUCAACAGCCACACCAUUCAUUACCAGAUUCAGCUGAGGUCUAGAACUUAGGGAACGAUUAGUACCAAAUACAAUGCUCUUAGUUUUAGAGAUGUUCAGGACUAGUUUAUUGCUGGCCACCCAUUCAAAAACUGACUGCAACUCUUUGUUAAGGGUUUCAGUGACUUAAUUAGCUGUGGUUGCUGAUGCGUAUUUGGCUGAAUCAUCAGCAUACAUGGACACACAUGCUUUGUUUAAUACCUGUGGCAGGUCAUUGGUAAAAAUAGAAAAGAGUAGUGGGCCUAUAGAGCUGCCCUGCGGUACACCACACUUUACAUGUUUGACAUUAGUGAAGCUUUCAUUAAAGUAAACCCUCUGAGUUCUAUUAGACAAAUAGCUCUAAAUCAACGAUAUGGCAGAGGUUGAAAAGCCAUAAGACAUACAGUACCAGUCAAAGGUUUAGACACACCUACUCAUUCAAGGGUCUUUCUUAAUUUUUACUAUUUUCUACAUUGUAGAAUAAUAGUGAAGACAUCAAAACUAUGAAAUAACACAUAUUGAAUAAUGUAGAAACCAAAAAAGUGUUAAACAAAUCAAAAUAUAUUCUAUAUUUGAGAUUCUUCAAAGUAGCCACCCUUUGCCUUGAUGACAGCUUUGCACACUCUUGGCUUUCUGUCAACCAGUUUCAUGAGGAAUGCUUUUCCAACAGUCUUGAAGGAGUUCACACAUAUUCUGAGCACGUGUUGGCUGCAUUUCCUUCACUCUGCGGUCCAACUCAUCCCAAACACUCUCAAUUGGGUUGCGGUCGGGUGAUUGGGAAGGCCAGGCCAACUGAUGCAGCACCAUCACAACUCCUCCUCCAUGCUUCACAGUGGGAACCACACAUGCAGAGAUCAUCCGUUCACCUACUCUGCGUUUCACAAAGACACAGCGGUUGGAACCAGAAAAUCUAAAAUCUGGACUCAUCAGACCAAAGUACAGAUUUCCACCGGUCUAAUGUCCAUUGCUCGUGUUUCUUGGCCCAAGUAAGUAUCUUCUUAUUAUUGGUGUCCUUUAGUAGUGGUUUCUUUGCAGCAAUUCGACCAUGAAGGCCUGAUUCACGCAGUCUCCUCUGAACAGUUGAUGUUGAGAUGUGUCUGUUACUUGAACUCUGUGAAGCAUUUAUUUGGCUGCGAUCUGAGGUGCAGUCAACUUAAUUGAACUUCCUUGUACAAGGUAACUCUGGGUCUUCAAUUCCUGUGGCGGUCCAUGAGAGCCAGUUCAUCAUAGCGCUUUAUGGUUUUUAGAUGCACUUGAAAUGUUCCGGAUUGACUGACCUUCAUGUCUUAAAGUAAUGAUGGACUGUCAUUUCUCUUUGCUUAUUUGAGCUGUUCUUGCCAUAAUAUGGACUUGUAGGGCUAUCAACUGUAUACCACCCUUACCUUGUCACAACACAACUGAUUGGCUCAAACGCAUUAAGAAGGAAGAAAUUCACAAAUGAACGUUAACAUGGCAACCGUUAAUGAAAUGCAUCCAGUGACACAUCAUGAAGCUGGUUGAGAGAAUACCUAGAGUGUGCAAAGCUGUCAUCAAGGCAACAUCUGAUAUAUGUUAGAGCAGCAUUAACACAUUAAGAUUAUCUGAUACAUGUUAGAUUAACACAUAGAAGUGAAUGGUUCUCUACAGUACUACUGGUCUGGUGGUGAAUGGUUCUCUACAGUACUACUGGUCUGGUGGUGAAUGGUUCUCUACAGUACUACUGGUCUGGUGGUGAAUGGUUCUCUACAGUACUACUGGUCUGGUGGUGAAUGGUACUCUACAGUACUACUGGUCUUUAUAUUAUAAUCCACAUCAUAGAGAGAGGCUGAGGACUAACUGACCUGAUACAACCAGAAAAUAGGGAAAUCAAUUUGAGCAGCAUAAAGGAGGAGCUCUCUUCUCCAGUUAAACAUCACUGAGCCUCUUCUCAUUGAGCAUAUAGCUAGCAGCCAAAUAGCUCAGAUGCCAUAAUGCCAUUAUGUCCUUUUAAAGAUCUAUCUGUCAUUACUGCCUCCAGGGUAGACUGAAUGAAUGAAGGGUAGAAUGAGUGGAAUCUCAGAGUACAAUUAUGAGACUAAGUCCUCCAUUACCUCUAAUAUAAUAGUCCUCCAUUACCUCUAGUAUAAUAGUCAUCAUGUGCCUGUAGUAUAAUAGUCCUCCUGUACCUCUAGUAUAAUAGUCCUCCUGUACCUCCAGUAUAAUAGUCCUCCUGUACCUCUAGUAUAAUAGUCCUCCUUUACCUCUAGUAUAAUAGUCCUCCUGUACUUCUAGUAUAAUUGUCCUCCUGUACCUCUAGUAUAAUAGUCCUCCUGUACCUCUAGUAUAAUAGUCCUCCUGUACCUCUAGUAUAAUAGUCCUCCUGUACCUCUAGUAUAAUAGUCCUCCUGUACCUCUAGUAUAAUAGUCCUCCUGUACUCUAGUAUAAUAGUCGUCCUGUACCUCUAGUAUAAUAGUCCUCCUGUACUCUAGUAUAAUAGUCCUCCUGUACCUCUAGUAUAAUAGUUAUCCUUUAACUCUAGUAUAAUAAUCCUCUCAUACCUCUGGUACAAUACUCCUCCUGUACUCCAGUUUAAUAAUCCUUAUGUAUUAGAGUAAUAGUUAUCCUGUACCUCUAGUAUAAUAGUCCUCAUGUACGCUGGUAUAAUAGUCAUUCUGUAACUCUCGUAUAAUAGUCCUCCUGUACUCUGGUAUAAUAGUCCUCUAGUACCUAUAGUAUAAUAGUCCUCCUGUACCUCUAGUAUAAUAGUCCUCCUGUACUCUGGUACAAUAGUCUUAUUGUACCUCUAGUAUAAUAGUCCUCCUAUACAUCUAGUAUAGUAGUCCUCUAGUCCCUAUAGUAUAAUAGUUAUCCUGUACCUCUAGUAUAAUAGUUAUUAUGUACCUCUAGUAUAAGAGUUAUUAUGUACCUGUAGUAUAAUACUCCUCCUGUAAUUCCAGUAUAAUAGUCAUUCUGUACUCUGGUAUAAUAGUCCUCUAGUACCUAUAGUAUAAUAGUCCUCCUGUACCUAUAGUAUAUUAGUCCUCCUGUACCUCUUGUAUAAUAGUCCUCCUGUACUCUGGUACAAUAGUCUUAUUGUAUCUAUAGUUUAAUAGUCCUCCUGUGCCUAUAGUAUAUUAGUCCUCCUGUACCUCUAGUAUAAUAGUCCUCCUGUACUCUGGUACAAUAGUCUUAUUGUACCUCUAGUAUAAUAGUCCUCCUAUACGUCUAGUAUAGUAGUCCUCUAGUCCCUAUAGUAUAAUAGUUAUCCUGAACCUCUAGUAUAAUUGUUUUUAUGUACCUCUAGUAUAAUAGUCCUUCUGUACCUCUAAUAUAAUAGUCCUCUAGUACAUAUAGUAUAAUAGUCCUCCUGUACCUCUAGUAUAAUAGUCCUCCUGUAUCUCUUGUAUAAUAGUCCUCCUGUACUCUGGUACAAUAGUCUUAUUGUACCUCUAGUAUAAUAGUCCUCCUAUACGUCUAGUAUAGUAGUCCUCUAGUCCCUAUAGUAUAAUAGUUAUCCUGAACCUCUAGUAUAAUUGUUUUUAUGUACCUCUAGUAUAAUAGUCCUUCUGUACCUCUAAUAUAAUAGUCCUCUAGUACAUAUAGUAUAAUAGUCCUCCUGUACCUCUAGUAUAAUAGUCCUCCUGUAUCUCUAGUAUAAUAGUCCUUCUUUACAUCUAGUAUAAUAGUCCUCCUGUGACUCUAGAAUAGUAGUCUGUACCUUACUGUACUAUAUACUUGAAUGUAGUCUGCUUCUCUAUAUACAUGUAAUAUAAUAUACUGUACUCUAUACUGGUACUAUAGUCUACUGUACUAUAUUCCUGUAAUAUAUUCUACUGUACUAUAUACCUAUACUAUAAUCUACUGUACUAUAUACCUGUAAUAUAGUCUACUGUACUAUCUUCCUGUAAUAUAAUCUACUGUACUAUAUACCUGUAAUAUAGUCUACUGUACUUAGUGAUGUAGUGGGGGAAAAUAUGUGGGUAAACCCUGAUCACUGUUAGCAGUGAGUAAAGUAAUGCUCCCUAUACUUUCAAUACAUACAGUAUGUGUAUAUUCACCUCAUGAUGCCCCGCCCACUUGACCCAGUUCCUGAUCAAACAUGAUUGGUUUCCUCCUUCCGGCCCAUUCCCAAACAAGCAAAAUGUACAGUGCCUUCAGAAAGAAGUCAUACCCCUUGACUUAUUCUACAUUGUGUUAUGUUACAGCCUUAUUCUAAAAUGGAUUAAAGAAAUAAAACAUCCUCAGAAAUCUACAUACUAUAGCCCAUAAUGACGAAGCGAAAACAGGUUUUUAGAAAUGUUUGUACAUUUAUAAAAAAUAAAAACUGAAAUACCUUAUUUACAUAAGUAUUCAGGCCCUUUGCUAUGAGACUCGAAAUUGAGCUCAUGUGUAUCCUGUUUCCAUUGAUCAUCCUUGAGAUGUUUCUACAACUUCAUUGGAGUCCACCUGUGGUAAAGUAAAUUGAUUGGACAUGAUUUGGAAAGGCACACACCUGUCUAUAUACAGUGGGGGGAAAAAGUAUUUAGUCAGCCACCAAUUGUGCAAGUUCUCCCACUUAAAAAGAUGAGAGAGGCCUGUAAUUUUCAUCAUAGGUACACGUCAACUAUGACAGACAAAAUGAGAAUUUUUUUCUCCAGAAAAUCACAUUGUAGGAUUUUAAUGUAUUUCUUUGCAAAUUAUGGUGGAAAAUAAGUAUUUGGUCACCUACAAACAAGCAAGAUUUCUGGCUCUCACAGACCUGUAACUUCAUCUUUAAGAGGCUCCUCUGUCCUCCACUCGUUACCUUUAUUAAUGGCACCUGUUUGAACUUGUUAUCAGUAUAAAAGACACCUGUCCACAACCUAAAACAAUCACACUCCAAACUCCACUAUGGCCAAGACCAAAGAGCUGUCAAAGGACACCAGAAACAAAAUUGUAGACCUGCACCAGGCUGGGAAGACUGAAUCUGCAAUAGGUAAGCAGCUUGGUUUGAUGAAAUCAACUGUGGGAGCAAUUAUUAGGAAAUGGAAGACAUACAAGACCACUGAUAAUCUCCCUCGAUCUGGGGCUCUACGCAAGAUCUCACCCUGUGGGGUCAAAAUGAUCAAAAGAACGGUGAGCAAAAUCCCAGAACCACACGUGGGGACCUAGUGAAUGACCUGCAGAGAGCUGGGACCAAAGUAACAAAGCCUACCAUCAGUAACACACUACGCCGCCAGGGACUCAAAUCCUGCAGUACGAGACGUGUCCCCCUGCUUAAGCCAGUACAUGUCCAGGCUCGUCUGAAGUUUGCUAGAGUGCAUUUGGAUGAUCCAGAAGAGGAUUGGGAGAAUGUCAUAUGGUCAGAUGAAACCAAAAUAGAACUUUUUGGUAAAAACUCAACUCGUCGUGUUUGGAGGACAAAGAAUGCUGAGUUGCAUCCAAAGAACACCAUACCUACUGUGAAGCAUGGGGGUGGAAACAUCAUGCUUUGGGGCUGUUUUUCUGCAAAGGGACCAGGACGACUGAUCCGUGUAAAGGAAAUAAUGAAUGGGGCCAUGUAUCGUGAGAUUUUGAGUGAAAACCUCCUUCCAUCAGCAAGGGCAUUGAAGAUGAAACGUGGCUGGGUCUUUCAGCAUGACAAUGAUCCCAAACACACCGCCCGGGCAACGAAGAAGUGGCUUCAUAAGAAGCAUUUCAAGGUCCUGGAGUGGCCUAGCCAGUCUCCAGAUCUCAACCCCAUAGAAAAUAUUUGGAGGGAGUUGAAAGUCCAUGUUGCCCAGCGACAGCCCCAAAACAUCACUGCUCUAGAGGAGAUCUGCAUGGAGGAAUGGGCCAAAAUACCAGCAACAGUGUGUGAAAACCUUGUGAAGACUUACAGAAAACGUUUGACCUGUGUCAUUGCCAACAAAGGGUAUAUAACAAAGUAUUGAGAAACUUGUGUUAUUGACCAAAUUCUUAUUUUCCACCAUAAUUUGCAAAUAAAUUCAUAACAAAUCCUACAAUGUGAUUUUCUGGAUUUUUUUUCCUCAUUUUGUCUGUCAUAGUUGACGUGUACCUAUGAUGAAAAUUACAGGCCUCUCUCAUCUUUUUAAGUGGGAGAACUUGCACAAUUGGUGGCUGACUAAAUACUUUUUUCCCCACUGUAAGGUCCCACAGUUGAGAGUACAUGUCAUAGCAAAGAACAAGCCAUGAGGACGAAGGAAUUGUCUGUAGAGCUCCGAGACAGGGUUGUGUUGAGGCACAGAUCUGGGGAAGGGUACCAAAACAUUUCUGCAGAAUUGAAGGUUCCCAAGAACACAGUGGCCUCCAUCAUUCUUAAAUGGAAGAUGUUUGGAACCACCAAGACUCUUCCUAGAGCUUGCCGCCCUACCAAACUGAUUAAUCGGGGGAGAAGGGCCUUGGUCAGGGAGGUGACCAAGAACCCGAUGGACACUCUGACAGAGCUCUAGAGUUCCUCUGUGGAGAUGAGAGAAACUUCCAGAAGGACAAUCAUCUCUGCAGCACUCCACCAAUCAGGUCUUUAUGGUAGAGUGGCCAGACAGAAGCCACUCCUCAGUAAAAGGCACAUGACAGCGUGCUUGGAGUUUGCCAAAAGACACCUGAAGACUCUCAGACCAUGAAUAAAGAUUCUCUGGUCUGAUGAAACCAAGAUUGAACUCUUUGGCCUGAAUGUCAAGCUUCACGUCUGGAGGAAACCUGGCACCAUCCUUACGUUGAAGCAUGGUGGUGGCAGCAUCAUGCUGUGGGGAUGUUUUUCAGCGGCAGGGACUGGGAGACUAGUCAGGAUUGAGGCAAAGAUGAACGGAGCAAAGUACAGAGAGAUCCUUACAUUUACAUUUUAGUCAUUUAGCCGACGCUCUUAUCCAGAGCGACUUACAGUUAGUGCAUAAUUUUUUUUUUUCAUACCCCCUGUGGGAAUCGAACCCACAACCCUGCCGUUGCAAACGCCAUGCUCUAUCAACUGAGCUACAUCCCUGAUGAAAACCUGCUCCAGAGCGCUCAGGACCUCAGACUGGGGUGAAGGUUCACCUUCAAACACCUUCCAACAGGACAAUGACCAUAAGCACACAUCCAAGACAACGCAGGAGUGGCUUCAGGACAAGUCUCUGAAUGUCCUUGAGUGGCCCAGCCAGAGCCCGGACUUGAACCCGAUCGAACAUCUCUGGAGAGACCUGAAAAUAGCUGUGCAGCGACGCUCCCCAUCUAACCUGACAGAGCUUGAGAGGAUCUGCAGAGAAGAAUGGGAGAAACUCCCUAAAUACAGGUGUGCCAAGCUUGUAGCAUCAUAUCCAAGAAGACUCAAGACUGUAAUCGCUGCCAAAGGUGCUUCAACAAAGUACUGAGUAAAGCGUCUGAAUACUUACGUAAAUGUGAUAUUUAUAUAUUAUAUAUUUUAUAAAUUAGCAAACAUUUCUAAAAACCUGAUUUUGCUUUGUCAUUAUGAGGUAAUGUGUGUAGAUUGAUGAGAAAUAAAACACAAUUUAAUCCAUUUAAGAAUAAGGCUAUAACCUAACAAAAUGUGGAAAAGGUCAAGGGGUCUGAAUACUUUUCGAAGGCACUAUAAAUUGAACAUAAAAGUGUCACUGACAAUAAUCAAAACGAAAGAGUUGGGGUUUUAGGAUGGGUUCUGAAAGACACUUAUGGGGGUGUCCACUGACAGUUGACUAGUAAUAACAACUGGGACCACCAUGAUCGCCCACUAUAUUUGCCCACUAAGAGCCAAACAAAACUAAAAUACACACCAAACUUAAAAAGAGGACGCAAACCAAAAAGCUUGAGAAAAACAAAAAACAGGGAAGAUCAGACAAAGUAAUGUUUUUCUAAAAAUCAAAUAGGGAGAGCCAACUAAAAGUAUGGCCCUCUACAUCUCUCAAGACAACUGGAGCACUGGGCCAGCUACUCUUAAAUAUCACCUGGGCCAGCACAGGUGAAACACCUUCCCACUAAUGAGAUGGCAACCAGCACAGGUGUAACACAUACUGACUAACGAGGUGACACCAAUCGGUGCGCCUUACGUGCUAAUGAGCUAUAAGUCCAACCUCAAAACAUACAUGGAAAACUCUAACCCAUAACAAAACCAUAACCCCACCGCCACCAUGGGGCUGUUCACAACAUUGACAUCAGCAAACUGCUCGCCCACACCAUAACCCCACCGCCACCAUGGGGCUGUUCACAACGUUGACAUCAGCAAACCGCUCGCCCACACCAUAACCCCACCGCCAACAUGGGGGCACUCUGUUCACAACGUUGACGUCAGCAAACCGCUCGCCCACACCAUAACCCCACCGCCACCAUGGGGCUGUUCACAACGUUGACAUCAGCAAACCGCUCGCCCACACCAUAACCCCACCGCCACCAUGGGGGCACUCUGUUCACAACGUUGACGUCAGCAAACCGCUCGCCCACACCAUAACCCCACCGCCACCAUGGGGCUGUUCACAACGUUGACUUCAGCAAACCGCUCGCCCACACCAUAACCCCACCGCCACCAUGGGGCUGUUCACAAUGUUGACAUCAGCAAACCGCUCGCCCACACCAUAACCCCACCGCCACCAUGGGGCUGUUCACAACGUUGACAUCAGCAAACCGCUCACCCACACCAUAACCCCACCGCCACCAUGGGGCACUCUGUUCACAACGUUGACAUCAGCAAACUGCUCGCCCACACCACACGAUAUUGUGAGGCCGGUUGGACGUACUGCCAAAUUCCCUAAAACGAGGUUGGAAGCGGCUUAUGGUCGAGAAAUUAACAUUAACUUCUCUGGCAACAGCUCUGGUGAACAUUCCUGCAGUCAGCAUGCCAAUUGCACGCUCCCUCAAAACAUGAGACAUCUGUGGCAUUGUGUUGUGUGACAAAACUGCACAUUUUAGAUUGGCCUUUUAUUGUCCCCAGCACAAGGUGCACCUGUGUAAUGAUCAUGCUGUUUAAUCAGCUUCUUGAUAUGCCACGCCUGUAAGGUGGAUGGAUGAUCUUGGCAAAGGAGAAAAGCUCACUAACAGUGAUGUAAACAAAUUUGUGCCCAAAAUUUGAGAGAAAUAAGCUUUUUGUGCGUAUGGAACAUUUCUGGGAUCUUUUAUUUCAGCUCAUGAAACAUGGAACAGUCACUUUACAUGUUGCGUUUCUAUUUUAGUUCAGAGUAGUAGUGAGAUCAUCAGAGAGAAAGGAUUUAUUUUACUGUUAUUGUUUCUGACACGUACAACCUGACAUUAUGUCAGCAGCAUAUUCUCAAACCUUAAACCUUUUGCAGCUCUGUAGCAGCUCGUAAAGCAGACCCUCACCCAACACAAUACUACAGCCAAUUAUAUUUCAAAUGGCAGGGGAUUUCAGAAAUGUGAAACGUUGGUUCCCUGGAUAUCCACCUCACACCGCCUCUAACUGACAGAACAUGAACAUGAUGUUUUAAAGCCCUUUCUCCACAACGUUCAUGGACAGAAAUGUAUUUCUCAUAUCAAAACUAUUGACUGAAAACACUCCGACUGUUCAUUGUAAAUAUAGGAAUUUGGUGAGUGGGGUAAAACAACGUGUCUGUAUUUUAAUUUGACGAGUGCAUUAUACAUGUGCAUGGUUUGACAUUUGAUGAAACAACCUUAACGUCAAUCAGAUCUGCUUAAGGCUUAGGUUGAGUGUAGCUCCUUGUCUGAUUGUUGACAUUAUGUAUACAAACUCUGUUAACUAUUGUGUUUGUGACUGGUCAACACAUAAUGUAGAAAGACAAGGCUUUUUAUUUUCUUCAAAUGAAGGGUUAGGGUUAGGGUUAACACAUGAUGUAGAGAGACAGGGUUAGGGUUAAGGUUUGGGUUAGGGUCAACACAUGAUGUAGAGAGACAGGGUUAGGGUUAAAGCCCUUACCAUUACCAACAUCCUGAUGAAAUAAUACCAACUUUUACUGAAAUCUAUUCCACCUCUAGGGUUAAAGCCUUUACCAUUACCAACAUCCUGAUGAAAUAAUACCAACUUUUACUGAAAUCUAUUCCACCUCUAGGGUUAAAGCCCUUACCAUUACCAACAUCCUGAUGAAAUAAUACCAACUGUUACUGAAAUGUAUUCGACCGCUGCUCUUUUUUAGAACCUAGGGUUAAAGCACCCUAACCCUAACCAAAUGAAAAGCCAGUCAGUCUUUGGAUUUAUUUGUUCUGGUCGGCCACAAUCACCCUGCCCUCUGACCCCUGGUCCCAUUAAUCAAUGUAACUCUGAAUGGCUUAGUAAAGCAUGUGGCAGAUGCCCCUCCAACAAGCUGUCUACAACUGUCUAAACCACUUGAAAGUCAUUAGCGUUAAGAGAUCUAUAGAGGAGUAAAUGGAGGUUGAAACCUAAACAGAGACGGGGGGAUUGUAGAAUGGCUGCGCAAUCUGCUCUGGCCUUCUGGGACACGGAGAGAAGAGGGACACUGUUACACUGCUACUGGGGUGGUCAGCUGGAUGGGCAGGGAGGGGAGGGGGAGAGAGAGAGAGCGAGAGAGACAGAGAGAUAGAGAGAGUCAGAUAGAGUGUGCAAACUGAGUGUACAAAGCAUUAGGAACACCAUCCUGAUAUUGAGCUGCAUGAAUGUCCUUAGGGUGCACCUGGUACCUAAUACCAUACCCCGUUCAAAGGCACUUAAACAUUUUGUCUUGCCCAUUCACCCUCUGAAUGGAACACAUACACAAUCCAUGUCUCAAUUGUCUCAAGGCUUAAAAAUCCUUCUUUAACAUGUCUCCUCCCCUUCAUCUACACUGAUUGAAGUGGAUUUAACAGGUGACAUCAAUAAGGGAUCAUAGCUUUUAGCUGGAUUCACCUGGUCAGUCUAUGUCAUGGAAGAGCAUAGUUCCUAAUGUUUUGUCCAUUCAGUAUAUGUGUGUGUUAGGUGGGGGGCCUCUCAGACAGCACUCUCAUAGAAGGACCCUGUACCCCACACACAGAGUAAGGUAUGAACGGAGGGAUGGAUGCAUGGAUGGGUAAGAGAGGACAGUUUCCAUCUUGAAGGUAUUGAUUAUUUGAGCCAGAAGAGCCACCAGACGCCACGAGGGCUGCUAGAGUUUCAUCUAGCCUGUUUAAAGCUGUCUCAGCUCUCCCUCUCUCCUCCUCUCCUCUCCUCUCCCCCUCGUCCUAGAGUUUCAUCUAGCCUGUUUAAAGAUGUCUCAGCUCUCCCUCUCUCCUCCUCUCCUCUCCUUCACCCUAGAGUUUCAUCUAGCCUGUUUAAAGAUGUCUCAGCUCUCCCUCUCUCCUCCUCUCCUCUCCUUCGCCCUAGAGUUUCAUCUAGCCUGUUUAAAGCUGUCUCAGCUCUCCCUCUCUCCUCCUCUCCUCUCCUUCGACCUAGAGUUUCAUCUAGCCUGUUUAAAGCUGUCUCAGCUCUCCCUCUCUCCUCUCCUCCUCUCCUCUCCUUCACCCUAGAGUUUUAUCUAAAGUCUAACAAAACAGCUCCCACAAUCUUUUUAUCAUCAAUAUCUCUCAGCCAAUCAUCAGUCAUUUGUGUAAGUGCUGUGCUUGUUGAAUGUCCUUCCCUAUAAGUGUGCUAAAUGUCUGUUGUCAAUUUGUUUCCAGUAAAAUAGCAUUGUAUCUGGUCAAACACCGUUUUUUCCAAAAGUUUACUAAGGGUUGGUAACAGGCUGAAUGGUCGGCUAUUUGAGCAAGUAAAGGGGGCUUUACUAUUCUUGGGUAGCGGAAUUUAUUUUGCUUCCCUCCAAGCCUGAGGGAACACACUUUCUAGUAUGCUUAGAUUGAAUACAUUGCAAAAAGGAGUGGCAACAUCAUCCGCUAUUAUCCUCAGUAAAUGUCAAUGCACGUUGUCAGACGUGGCUUGUCAUUGAUGAUAGACAACAAUAAUUGUUUCACCUCUUCCACACUCACUUUACAGACUAAUUUGCCAUUCCUUUUGCCUCAUCCCUCUCAACCAUACCAUUUUUUUUAUUCCUCAUCAAUCCACGGGGAUUCAACAGUUUUUACAGUCAUUUUCUUAAUGGGUGCAUGCUUAUUAGUAACUGGAAUAAGCAAUUUCAUAAAUGUGUCAAGUGCAGCGUCUGGUUGCUCCUCAUUACACACCACAGACCAACAAAUAUUCUUUACAUCAACAACAUAGGAAUCACAACAAAUUGUAUUGUAUGACCUUUUAUACACAAUAUUAGUCCCAGCCUUUGGAACUUUGGUUUUCCUAGAUAUGGCUACUAUAUUGUGAUCACUGCAGCCGAUGGAUUUGCAUACUGCUUUAAAGCAAAUUUCUGCAGCAUUAGUAAAGCUGUGAUCAAUACAUGUUGAUGAUUUCAUUCCUGUGCUGUUUGUAACUACCCUGGUAGGUUGAUUGAUAACCUGAACCAGGUUGCAGGCCCUAGUUACAGUUUGAAGCUUUCUCUUGAGUGGGCAGCCUGAUGAAAGCCAGUCAAUAUUUAAAUCACCCCAAAAAUAUACCUCUCUGUUGAUAUCACAUACAUUAUCAAGCAUUUCACACAUGUUAUCCAGAUUUUUAUUUUGUAUUUAUUUUUAUUUCACCUUUAUUUAACCAGGUAAGCCAGUUGAGAACAAGUUCUCAUUUACAACUGCGACCUGGCCAAGAUAAAGCAAAGCAGUGCGAUAAAAACAACAACACAGAGUUACAUAUGGGGUAAACAAAACAUAAAGUCAAAAAUACAACAGAAAAUAUAUAUACAGUGUGUGCGAAUGUAGUAAGUUAUGGAGGUAAGGCAAUAAAUAAAUAGGCCAUAGUGCAAAAAAUGUUACAAUUUCGUAAUUAACACUGGAAUGAUAGAUGUGCAAAAGAUGAUGUGCAAAUAGAGAUACUGGGGUGCAAAUUAGCAAAAUAAAUAACAAUAUGGGGAUGAGGUAGUUGGGUGGGCUAAUUUCAGAAUGGCUGUGUACAGGUGCAGUGAUCGGUAAGCUGCUCUGACAACUGACGCUUAAAGUUAGUGAGGGAGAUAAGAGUCUCCAGCUUCAGAGAUUUUUGCAGUUCGUUCCAGUCAUUGGCAGCAGAGAACUGGAAGGAAUGGCGGCCAAAGGAGGUGUUGGCUUUGGGGAUGACCAGUGAGAUAUACCUGCUGGAGCGCAGACUAUGGGUGGGUGUUGCUAUGGUGACCAGUGAGCUAAGAUAAGACGGGGAUUUGCCUAGCAGUGAUUGACCUGGAACCAGUGGGUUUGGCGACGAAUAUGUAGUGAGGGCCAGCCAACAAGAGUGUACAGGUCACAAUGGUGGGUAGUAUAUGGGGCUUUGGUGACAAAACGGAUGGCACUGUGAUAGACUACAUCCAAUUUGCUGAGUAGAGUGUUGGAGGCUAAUUUGUAAAUGACAUCGCCGAAGUCAAGGAUCGGUAGGAUAGUCAGUUUUACGAGGGCACGUUUGGCAGCAUGAGUGAAGGAGGCUUUGUUGUGAAAUAGGAAGCCGAUUCUAGAUCUAACUUUUGAUUGGAGAUGCUUAAUGUGAGUCUGGAAGGAGAGUUUACAGUCUAACCAGACACCUAGGUAGUUGUAGUUAUCCACAUACUCUAGGACAGACUCGCCGAGAGUAGUGAUUCUAGUCUGGUGGGUGGGUGCAAGCAGCGUUCGGUUGAAGAGCAUGCAUUUAGUUUUACUAGUGUUUAAGAGCAGUUGGAGGCUACGGAAGGAGUGUUGUAUGGCUUUGAAGCUCGUUUGGAGGUUUGUUAACAUAGUGUCCAAUGAAGGGCCAGAUGUAUACAAAAUGGUGUCGUCCUUUAUUAGAUACUGACUGUUAGCACUUGGUGGUCUAUAGCAGCUUCCCACCAGAAUGGGCUUUAGGUGAGGCAGAUGAACCUAUAUUACUUCAACAGUGUUUAACAUGAGAUAAGCUUUACAGGAAUGUGGUUCUGAAUAUAGACUGCAACACCUCCACCAUUUGGCAUUUCUGUAUUUUCUGUAGAUGUUAUAACCAUGUAUUGCUACCACUGUAUCAUCAAAGGUAUUAUCUAAGUGAGUUUCAGAGAUUGUCAGAAUAUGAAUGUCAUCUGUUACUUGCAAAUUGUCAAUAAAUGUUACAUCCACAGAGCUGCAAUAGUCACAUAGCCAGUUAUGGAGCAUAUCACUUCGUGGCUGAGUCAUUGCUCCUAAACGUUUCCACUUCACAAUAACAGCACUUAUAGUUGACCGGGGAAGUUCUAGCAGGGCAGAAAUUUGACGAACUGACUUGUUGGAAAGGUGGAGUUCUAUUAUGGUGCAACAUUGAGUCACUGAGCUCUUCAGUAAAGCCAUUCUACUGCCAAUGUUUGUCUAUGGAGAUUGCAUGGCUGUGUGCUCUACUUUACACACCUGUCAGCAACGGGUGUGGCUGAAAUAGUUGAAUCCACUAAUUCGAAAGGGUGUCCACGUACUUUUGUGUAUAUAUAGUGUAUCCAGUGCAUUCGUAAAGUAUCCAGAACCCUUGACUUUUUCCACAUUUUGUUACGUUACAGCCUUAUUCUAAAAUUGAUUAAACUUUUUUUUUUCUCAUCAAUCUACACACAAUACCCCAUAAUGACAAAGCAAAAACUGGUUUUUAGAAAUGUUAGCUAAUUUAUUAAAAUAAAGCAGAAAUACCUUAUUUACAUAAGUAUAAAGAACUUAUGCUAUGAGAUGUGAAAAUUGAGCUCAGGUGCAUCCUGUUUCCAUUGAUUGUGACACUCUGGCUCUAGGACUUGUAUAUGUGAGCCAGGGUGUAUCUCAUUUGGUGGUGUUGGGGAUGGGUGAGUUUCAUUUUGUUUGUAUUUUGUGGUGAUUGGUUUAUGACUCCCAAUCGGAGGUAACGAGUGUCAGCUGUCGGCUCGUUAUCUCUGAUUGGGAGCCAUAUAUAUUCUGUGUGUUUUCUCCUUUGUUUUGUGGGUUAUUGUUUCUGUGUUGCUGUUAGUCUGUUUCAGUAUUUGAACUUCACGUAUCGUCAUUUGUUGUUUUCUUCGUGGUUGCUUUAAUUAAUAAAGUCAUCAUGUUCACUCCACGCGCUGCGUAUUGGUCCGCUCCUUUAGACGAUCGUGACAGAAUAACCCACCACAAAAGGACCAAGCAGCGUAACAAGCGGCAACAGGACCUACCUACACAGGAGUUAUGGACGCCUCCUAAGGAUUUUUGGACAUGGGAGGAGAUUCGGGCUGGAAAGGGUCCUUGGGCACAACCGGAGGAAUAUCACCGCCCUCGUGAAGAGCUGGAGGCAGCCAAAGCCGAGAGGAGGUGGUACGAGGAGGCAGCGCGAAGGCGAGGCUGGAAGCCCGUGGAAGAGAGGCAACCCCAAGAAAUUUUUUUGGGGGGGCACAUGGCUUGGGCAGCUGGGCAGCAGGAGGCUGCCACAAGGAGAAAAGGAGAGAAGGCUAACGGAGUACGGGAGCCAUUGGCGAGUGGAAGGAGGGAAGUGUGUGUGGCACGGCGUGAAGGACUGAUGUGUGUUGCCAGUCCGGUCCGGCCCGUUCCUGAUCCUCGGUUGAGGCCAGUGGUGUGUGUUCCCGGUACGGACCGGCCUGUUCCUACUCCAAGCGCCAGGUCCACGGUGUGCUUCGCCAGCUCAGCCCGGCCUGUUCCUACUCCACGCACCAGGGAUACGGUGCGCUUCGCCAGCCCAGCCCGGCCUGUUCCUACUCCACGCACCAGGGAUACGGUGCGCUUCGCCAGCCCGGCCCGGCCUGUUCCGGCCACUCGCACCAGGGAUACGGUGCGCGUCGCCAGCCCAGCCCGGCCUGUUCCUGCUCUCCGCACUAGGCGUGAGGUGAGUCCCCAGGGUCCAGCAUGCCCUGUUCCGGCUCCCCGCACUAGGCGUUAUGGGAGUCCCCAGGGUCCAGCAUGCCCUGUUCCGACUCCCCGCACUAGCCCUGAGAUGCGUGUCCUCAGCCCGGUACCUCCAGUUCCGGCACCACGCAUCAGGCCUACGGUGCGUCCCCAGGGCCAAGCAUGCCCUGUUGCUGCUUCCCGCACUAGCCCUGAGAUGCGUGUCCUCAGCCCGGUACCUCCAGUUCCGGCACCACGCAUCAGGCCUACGGUGCGUCCCCAGGGUCCAGCAUGCCCUGUUGCUUCUCCCCGCACUAGCCCUGAGAUGCGUGUCCUCAGCCCGGUACCUCCUGUUCCGGCACCACGCACCAGGCCUACGAUGCGCCUCAGACGGCCAGAGUCUGCCGUCUGCCCAACGGGGCCUGAACUGCCCGUCUGCCCAAAGCCUGCAAAGCCGCCCGUCUGCCAUGAGCCAUCAGAGCCGUCCGCCAGACCGGAGCCGCUAGAGCCUUCUGCCAGACAGGAUCAGCCAGAGCCUUCCGCCAGACAGGAUCAGCCAGAUCCGUCAGUCGGCCAUGAGCAGCCAGAUCCGUCAGCCAGCCAUGAGCAGCCAGAUCCGUCAGCCAGCCAUGAGCAGCCAGAUCCGUCAGCCAGCCAUGAGCAGCCAGAUCCGUCAGCCAGCCAUGAGCAGCCAGAUCCGUCAGCCAGCCAUGAGCAGCCAGAUCCGUCAGCCAGCCAUGAGCAGCCAGAUCCGUCAGCCAGCCAUGAGCAGCCAGAUCCGUCAGCCAGCCAUGAGCAGCCCAGCCAGGAUCCGCCAGAGCCGUCCAGCCAGGAUCCGCCAGAGCCGUCCAGCCGGGAUCCGCCAGAGCCAUCCAGCCGGGAUCCGCCAGAGCCGUCCAGCCGGGAUCCGCCAGAGCCGUCCAGCCGGGAUCCGCCAGCCAGCCAGGAUCCGCCAGAGCCAGCCAGCCAGGAUCCACCAUUUAGUCAGGUGCUGCCCCUUAUCCCGGUGCUGCCCCUUAGGCCGAUGCUGCCCCUUAGUCCGGUGUUGCCCCUUAGUCCAGGUGGGGUUAGUUGGAGGGUGGUCAUUGGGAGGAGGCUACCGAAGCAGGUUAGGACUGUGGUGGGAUGGGGACCACGACCAGGGGCAGAACCGCCACCGUGGACAGACGCCCACCCAGACCCUCCCCUAGACUGUGGGCUGGUGCGCCCGGAGUUCGCACCUUUAGGGGGGGGUACUGUGACACUCUGGCUCUAGGACUUGUAUAUGUGAGCCAGGGUGUAUCUCAUUUGGUGGUGUUGGGGAUGGGUGAGUUUCAUUUUGUUUGUAUUUUGUGGUGAUUGGUUUAUGACUCCCAAUCGGAGGUAACGAGUGUCAGCUGUCGGCUCGUUAUCUCUGAUUGGGAGCCAUAUAUAUUCUGUGUGUUUUCUCCUUUGUUUUGUGGGUUAUUGUUUCCGUGUUGCUGUUAGUCUGUUUCAGUAUUUGAACUUCACGUAUCGUCAUUUGUUGUUUUCUUCGUGGUUGCUUUAAUUAAUAAAGUCAUCAUGUUCACUCCACGCGCUGCGUAUUGGUCCGCUCCUUUAGACGAUCGUGACAUUGAUCAUCCUUGAGAUGUUUUUACAACUUCAUUGGAGUUCACCUGUGGUAAAUGUAAUUGAUUGAACAUGAUUUGGAAAGGCACACGCCUGCCUCUACGAGAUCCCACAGUUGAGAGUGCAUGUCAUAGCAAAAAACAAGCCAUGAGGUCGAAGGAAUUGUCUGUAGAGCUCUGAGACAGGAUUGUGUUGAGGCACAGAUCUGGGGAAGGGUACCAAAACAUUUCUGCAGAAUUGAAGGUCCCCGAGAACACAGUGGCCUCCAUCAUUCUUAAAUGGAAGAUGUUUGGAACCACCAAGACUCUUCCUAGAGCUUGCCACCCCGCCAAACUGAACAAUCGGGGGAGAAGGGCCUUGGUCAGGGAGGUGACCAAGAACCCGAUGGUCACUCUGACAGAGCUCCAGAGUUCCUCUGUGGAGAUGGGAGAACCUUCCAGAAGGACAACCAUCUCUGCAGCACUACACCAAUCAGGCCUUUAUGGUAGAGUGGCCAGUCGGAAGCCACUCCUCAGAAAAAGGCACAUGACAGCGCGCUUGGAGUUUUCUAAAACCACCUGAAGAACUCUCAGACUAUGAGAAACACGAUUCUCUGGUCUGAUGAAACCAAGAUUGAAAUCUUUGGCCUGAAUGCCAAGUGUCACGUCUGGAGGAAACCUGGCACCAUCCCUACGGUGAAGCAUGGUGGUAACAGCAUCAUGCUGUGGGGAUGUUUUUCAGCGGCAUGGACUGGGAGACUAGUCAGGAUUAAGGCAAAGAGGAACGGAGCAAAGUACAGAGAGAUCCUUGAUGAAAACCUGCUCCAGAGCGCUCAGGACCUCAGAUUGGGGCAAAGGUUCACCUUCCAACAAGACAAUGACCUUAGCACACAGCCAAGACAACGCAGGCGUUGCUUCAUGACAAGUCUCUGAAUGUCCUUCAGUGGCCCAGCCAGAGCCCGGACUUGAACCCGAUCGAACAUCUCUGGAGAGAAUUGAAAAUAACUGUGCAGCAACGCUCCCCGAUCCAAUGUGACAGAGCUUGAGAGGAUCUGAAGAGAAGAAUGGGAGAAACUCCCCAAAUACAGGUGUGCCAAGCUUGUAGCGUCCUACCCAAGAAUACUCGAGGCUGUAAUCACUGCCAAAGGUGCUUCAACUAAUUAUUGAGUAAAGGGUCUGAAUACUUAUGUAAAUGUGAUAUUUCCUUUUUUUCUUUUUCUUCUUUUUCUUUUUUAACCUGUUUUUGCGUUGUCAUUAUGGGGUAUUGUGUGUAGAUUGAUGAGAGGGAAAAAAACGAUUUAAUUCAUUUUAGAGUAAGGCUGUAACCUAACACAAUGUGGAAAAAGUCAAGGGGUCUGAAUAUUUUCCAAAUGCACUGUAAAUGCCUGUACUAUUUUAAUUUUGGUGAAUCUCUUAUACAAUGGAUUAAAGUUAUGUACUGUAUAGCAACCCCGGUGUACAAUAGCAAAUAAUGGUUACUUCUCCGAAAGUAUUGAACUGUCAAGAGGAGUAAAACAAGGCUGUCCACUGUCUCCAUAUCUAUUUGUUAUGGCCAUUGAAAUGCUAGCUAUUAAAAUCAGAUCCAACAAGAACAUCAAGGGGUUAGAAAUCCAUUGUCCCAACUUCGGCAAACAAUUUUCAAAUUCUCUCUGAAGUUUCUAGCCACAAGCAUAAGCUAGCUAGCUGGGAAGGGCUCAUCGAAUCCGUUCAUCUCCACUCGACUCCUGCUGCACAACAUACAGUACGUCAUCAAUUUGGGUGUGUCUGUAUAGCCUCUCCCGCUGAGACUGGACUCACUCAACUGUUAAGGUACUUAGUGGCGAAUUUAGCAUGUAAAUCUUGGUUGUGCAAACUCCCCCCAAAAUAUAUGUAUUGAGGGAAAAAAGUAUUUGAUCCAGUGCUGAUUUUGCACGUUUGCCCACUGACAAAGAAAUGAUCAGUCUAUAAUUUUAAUGGUAGGUUUAUUUGAACAGUGAGAGACAGAAUAACAACUAAAAAAUCCAGAAAAACGCAUGUCAAAAACGUUAUAAAUUGAUUUGCAUUUUAGUGAGGGAAAUAAGUAUUUGACCCCCUCUCAAUCAGAAAGAUUUCUGGCUCCCAGGUGUCUUUUAUACAGGUAACGAGCUGAGAUUUGGAGCACACUCUUAAAGGGAGUGCUCCUAAUCUCAGCUUGUUACCUGUAUAAAAGACACCUGUCCACAGAAGCAAUCAAUCAAUCAGAUUCCAAACUCUCCACCAUGGCCAAGACCAAAGAGCUCUCCAAGGAUGUCAGGGACAAGAUUGUAGACCUACACAAGGCUGGAAUGGGCUACAAGACCAUCGCCAAGCAGCUUGGUGAGAAGGUGACAACAGUAGGUGCGAUUAUUCGCAAAUGGAAGAAACACAAAAUAACUGUCAAUCUCACCUCGUGGAGUUGCAAUGAUCAUGAGAACGGUGAGGAAUCAGCCCAGAACUACACGGGAGGAUCUUGUCAAUGAUCUCAAGGCAGCUGGGACCAUAGUCACCAAGAAAACAAUUGGUAACACCCUACGCCGUGAAGGACUGAAAUCCUGCAGCGCCCGCAAGGUCCCCCUGCUCAAGAAAGCACAUAUACAGGGCCGUCUGAAGUUUGCCAAUGAACAUCUGAAUGAUUCAGAGGAGAACUGGGUGAAAGUGUUGUGGUCAGCUGAGACCAAAAUCGAGCUCUUUGGCAUCAACUCAACUCGCCGUGUUUGGAGGAGGAGGAAUGCUGCCUAUGACCCCAAGAACACCAUCCCCACCGUCAAACAUGGAGGUGGAAUCAUUAUGCUUUGGGGGUGUUUUUCUGCUAAGGGGACAGGACAACUUCACAGCAUCAAAGGGACGAUGGACGGGGCCAUGUACUGUCAUAUCUUGGGUAAGAACCUCCUUCCCUCAGCCAGGGCAUUGAAAAUGGAUUGUGGAUGGGUAUUCCAGCAUGACAAUGACCCAAAACACACGGCCAAUGCAACAAAGGAGUGGCUCAAGAAGAAGCACAUUAAUGUCCUGGAGUGGCCUAGCCAGUCUCCAGACCUUAAUCCCAUAGAACAUCUGUGGAGGGAGCUGAAGGUUCGAGUUGUCAAACGUCAGCCUCGAAACCUUAAUGACUUGGAGAAGAUCUGCAAAGAGGAGUGGAACAAAAUCCUUCCUGAGAUGUGUGCAAACCUGGUGGCCAACUACAAGAAAUGUCUGACCUCUGUGAUUGCCAACAAGGGUUUUGCCACCAAGUACUAAGUCAUGUUUUGCAGAGGGGUCACAUACUUAUUUCCCUCAUUAAAAUGCAAAUCAAUUUAUAACAUUUUUGACAUGCGUUUUUCUGGAUUUCUUUGUUGUUAUUCUGUCUCUCACUGUUCAAAUAAACCUACCAUUAAAAUUAUAGACUGAUCAUGUCUUUGUCAGUGGGCAAAUGUACAAAAUCAGCAGGGGAUCAAAUACUUUUUUCCCUCACUGUAUAUGCAUGCCUCCAAAGCCACAACACAACACUAAACAAUACAUUAAUUAGACUAUAAUGGUGGCAUACGGUGUCCAAUGGCUGAUGAGCACUGAUACGUUUUAUCUAUAAUUUCUCUUCAUAAUUUCUCUUCAUAUGACAAGGAUUGAAAAGGAUUUGCCAGUAGAUUGUCGACUUGAUUCAUGAUGAUGACUUCUAGCUUGCUAGCUAAGAUUUUGAAAAUAUGAUGUUGACAUGAUCAUUCCAAUCAAAGCUCCUGUAGAUAUAAUGUGAUUUGACGUCAUUUUAUCUGUGGCCAAUGACCUUGAGCCUUCUUGGAUGGGCACUUCUAAUGUAACUCUAUGGCAGCACCCAAGGGGCUUGAAUUUUUGAGCUCUCCCCGUAGAUUUUGCGGUGACGUAGUGUCCCCAUGAGUGACAAAACGCUGAGCCAAUUACAGCGCAACUAGAGAACAUUACAAACCCCUAUGCUCCGCAUUUUCCGAUGGCUGCCCCACCACCACAGAAAGCACUGAGCUAGGCUGAAACACCUGCAUUUUGGAACUGCCUUACUCAAGAAAGCAAAAAAAGAGACCAUGUUUGUAUGCGGCUUUGUUAACUGAAUACAUUUUUCAUUUUCCCAUUGUUUGCAAACUGAUAUGAGAUAUGUAUUAAUACCAAAAUAUUAUACAAAACAGGAAGAAAAAAAAUAAUAUAUAUAUGUAUAUAUAUAUAUUCACUACCAGUCAAAAGUUUGGACACACCUACUCAUUCAAGGGUUUUUCUUAAUUUUUACAAUUUUUUACAUUGUAGAAUAAUAGUGAAGACAUCAAAACUAUGAAAUAGCACAUAUGGAAUCAUGUAGUAACCAAAAACAAAAUGUAUUUUAUAUUUGAGAUUCUUCAAAUAGCCACCCUUUGCCUUGAUGACAGCUUUGCACACUCUUGGCAUUCUCUCAACCAGCUUCAUGAGGUAGUCACCAGGAAUGCAUUUCAAUUAACAGAUGUGCCUUCUUAAAAGUUAAUUUGUGGAAUUUAUUUUCUUAAUGCGUUUGAGACAAUCAGUUGUGUUGUGACAAGGUAAGGGUGUAUACAGAAGAUAGCCCUAUUUGGUAAAAGACCAAGUAAAUAUUAUGGCAAGAACAGCUCAAAUAAGCAAAGAGAAACGUCAGUCCCUCAUUACUUUAAGACAUGAAGGUCAAUCAAUCCGGAAAAUGUCAAGAACUUUGAAAGUUUAUUCAAGUGAAGUCGCAAAAACCAUCAAGCGCUAUGAUGAAACUGGCUCUCAUUAGGACCGCCACAGGAAUGGAAGACCCAGAGUUACCUCUGCUGCAGAAGAUAAGUUAAUUAGAGUUACCAGCCUCAGAAAUUGCAGCCCAAAUAAAUGCUUCACAGAUUUCAUGUAACAGACACAUCUCAACAUCAACUCAUCAGAAGGGACUGUGUGAAUCAGGCCUUCAUGGUCGAAUUACUGCAAAGAAACAACUACUAAAGGACACCAAUAAGAAGAAGAGACCUGCUUGGGCCAAGAAACACGAGCAAUGGACAUUAGACCAGUGGAAAUUUGUCCUUUGGUCUGGAGUCCAAAUUGGUUCAAACCGCCGUGUCUUUGUGAGACGCGGUGAGGGUGGACGGAUGAUAUCCACAUGUGUAGUUCCCACCGUAAAGCAUGGAGGAGGAGGUGUUAUGGUGUGGGGGUGUUUGCUCGUGACACUGUCUGUAAUUUAUUUAGAAUUAAAGGCACACUUAACCAGAAUGGCUACCACAGCAUUCUGCAGCGAUACACCAUCCCAUCUGGUUUGGGGUUAGUGGGACUAUCAUUUGUUUUUCAACAGGACAAUGACCCAACACACCUCCAGGCUGUGUAAGGGCUAUUUGACCAAGAAGGAGAGUGAUGGAGUGCUGCAUCAGAUGACCUGGCCUCCACAAUCCCCCGACCUCAACCAAGUAUAGCCAAGUAUAGGUCCAAGAGGCUUCUAAACAGCUUCUACCCCCAAGCCAUAAGACUCCUGAACAUCUAAUGAAAUGGUUACCCAGACUAUUUGCAUUGACCCCCCCCCCCCCCCCCCCCCCCCCCCCCCCCAUCCCCCGUCCCCCUGUCUUUUACGCUGCUGCUACUUUCUGUUUAUUAUCUAUGCAUAGUCACUUUAAUAGCUCUACCUUCAUGUACAUAUUACCUCAAUUACCUCGACUAACCGGUGCCCUCUCACAUUGACUUGGUACCGGUACCCCCUCUAUAUAGCCUUGCUACUGUUAUUUUACUGCUGCUCUUUAAUUAUUUGUAACUUUUAUUUAGUAUUAUUUUAUAUUGUAUUUUUUUGUGUUAUUUUUUGGGGGUAUUCUUUCUUAAAACUGCAUUGUUGGUUAAGGGCUUGUAAGUAAGCAUUUCACUGUUGUAUUCGGCGCAUGUGGCAAAUACAAUUUGAUUUGAUUAACUAUUAUUCUACAAUGUAAAAUAUAGUACAAAUUAAGAAAAACCCUUGAAUGAGUAGGUGUCCAAACUUUGACUGGUACUGUACAUUUAGCUAAACAGGUGGGGCUCAAAACAAGUGGAGCUCUGCCCUACCUGGCCUGAAUGACGGGUCACCUCUGACGGUACUAUGUUAAAGUGUUAAAGAGUGUCUCUCCAUGGCUUAAUGGCCUGCUAUAUAUAUAGAACAAUGUGACAUUACUUCAGUCAGUCUGAUUUGCAAAUUAAUCAGGCUUGUUUAAUAUGUUUGUUUUUUACAAACGCUAUUUUCGUGGGGAUUAUUGUAUAGAAAUAUGAAUGAAUACUGAAAGUUGUUGUGGUUGUGGUCUUUAUGUUAAUACAUAGCUGUCUAUGUAUAUCCAUGCUAUAACACCGUUUGGGAGUGUCUUUUCCUCAUGUUCUGGCCCUUUAGGACAAUACUCCCUGCCACCAGCAGAUGGCAGCUGAUCUACUCUUUCACCAGCCUCUCCUCACUCCAUCAAAAAAAUAUUCUCCUUCAGUUAAUUAUAUUUAGCCGGUAACUUGUUACAAUUCAGGGAACAUACCACUAAACGUUAUUAGAAUAAAACUUAAUAAAAUAAUAUUAAAUACAUUGGUGUGUUAUGAUAUUGAUGCUGAUGUUUGUGAUAAAAUAAAAUCUUUGUUUUGUUUGCAAGCCUGUAUUUUGAAAGACUUCCAUGAGAAUAAGAUACACUUGGUUUCUUUAUAAUGAAUAAAUACAUAACAAAAACCUACAAACUUUCCAUGAACUAAUUGUGUCCAUUUCAGUCUACCUGGCUGUUUUAGUUUUAUUAGAAUCAUUUCAGUCAACCUUGUUAUUUUAGUUACAUUAAAAUAAUUUCAGUCAACCUUGUUGUUGUAGUUACAUUAAGGACAACCUUCCCCGGGGUGGUUUGUGUACGAGGUCACUCCGGUCGACAUUCCUCCGUCACAAAGCAACACUACAAUGUAAAUUCCCUCCUCAUCUGAUCCUACCCAAAAUGCCCCUCUGGUCAGCAGUAAUAGAAUGACCUUUUCUCCCAUUGCUUUUCAACCUUUCAACAACAACAACAAUCCACCUUGAUCUGUUUUUUACCAUCCAUGUAUAAUACUGAAUACCAUUGUCAUCACAAUCAUCUUCCAGUAACAAAAUAAAAUAAAAUACUAGGAUGAGAAAACACAAGGAUGAGAAAACACUAGGAUGAGAAAACACAAGGAUGAGAAAACACAAGGAUGAGAAAACACAAGGAUUGACCAGAAAUUCCCCAAAAAGCAAGCAAGUAAGUGUCCUUGCUGACCUCCAGGAGCGUAACUUGGAUAGGCCCAGGCUUUCCCCCCAUGGCUGCUGCCUCUCCUCUUCUCUCUCUCCACUCUCUCCUCAACCUCUUCCCUCUCCCCUCUUCACUCUUCCCUCUCCCCGUUCAUAGGGGUUUUCUGAUUUGGGUCCGUCCUCUGUCCUCUCUCCUCCGUGACCUGGAAACCGAUAAGUGGUGGAGUGGUCAAGGAGUGUAUCAAUUCGUUAGUAGACAAACAGAAGACUCCUCCCCUCUUCAAUAGCAUCCUUUUGGCCAGGAAGCACAAGUGUAACCUACCAUGGAAGAGUUUCGAUAUUUGCCACACCCCCUUUGAAUCAGCUGUUUUAUUGUCCGAGGAGAAAACCAUACACGUAAAAAAAAAACAUAAUGCUACUUGUCGUUUUAUCUAGAACAUUUCUUGCACAACUAAUCUCUCCAUGGCCAGAAUAUCCUAAUGCCCACCGUGAUGAUGUUCUGAACUUUCACAUUAUCUCCCUCUCUGUCUGUCUGAACCUGAACACUAGCCCUGAUCUAUCACAUUAUCUCUCUCUGUCUGUCUGAACCUGAACACUAGCCCUGAUAUUUCACAUUACAGUGAUCCCUCGCCACUUCGCGGUUCACUUAUCGCGUGAACCGCGAAGUGAGAACCGGGAGUGAGUUUUUAGCGAAUCAGAAUGCAUUGUGCUCUGCAUUCUGAUUCGCUAAAAACUCACUCCCGCUUCUUGUAUCAAAACAUGCUACGAAUUGUGCUAUCAUUUUGUCGUCUCGUGCAGUUAUGUGUACGUACAUAAAACAGCUUGGCAAAUUUACAUUAAGUUGGCCAAAUUAUCUUGUAAUUUCGAACAUCUUCUAAACCCAUAAUGUCGACGAAACGGCCUACACGUGAGUCACUGUAUUUGUAUACAUGUAAUAGUUGCUAAUUGUAAAAAAAAAAAAGUUUUCUAUUUCGCGGAUUUCACUUAUCGCGGGUCAUUUUCGGAACGUAACCCCCGCGAUAAACGAGGGAUUACUGUAUCUCCAAUCUCUGUCUGACAUCAAACUUUUCAAAACACAUUUAGGAUUUGAGCAAUUUAAACUACUUAAUAGUGGGUUGAAAAUAAAAAUGUAACUUCAGUAACAACAUCAGCAAACUGUUCUGUCUUGACAUCUCUAGUACCCUUUACAGACAGAUGUUAUGGUAUGUUGCCUGUAAAAACAAAUCAGGCAAUGUUUUUUUAACCCAAUUCAUACAGUCCCAUUUCUACCACAUUCUUGCCUCGAUAAGCCUUUUAUACUUUAUCUCCUGUUCACAAAAUCCAUUACUAAUUAGUUUAGGCAGGUCCUAAGAAACAUUAUAAGACUAAUUAAAUGUAUUUACAAUAGAAUGGCAUAUGUUAAGUUGAAUGAUGUUAACCGUCUGAGCAGCCAAUUGGCUAUACGUUGUGUUGCUACCAUGUUGUGUACACAUUGUGUUGCUACCAUGUUGUUUUCACAUUGUGUUGCUACCAUGUUGUUUUCACGGUGUGUUGCUGCCAUGUUGUGUACACGUUGUGUUGCUACCAUGUUGUUUUCAUGUUGGGUUGCUACCCAUGUUGUUUUCAUGUUGGGUUUGCUACCUAUGUUGUUUUCACGUUGUGUUGCUACCAAUGUUGUGUACAACGUUGUGAUGCUACCAUGUUGUGUACACGUUGUGUUGCUACCAUGUUGUUUUCACAUUGUGUUGCUACCAUGUUGUUUUCACAUUGUGUUGCUGCCAUGUUGUGUACACGUUGUGUUGCUACCAUGUUGUUUUCGUGUUGGGUUGUUACCAUGUUGUUUUCAUGUUGGGUUGCUACCAUGUUGUUUUCACGUUGUGUUGCUACCAUGUUGUGUACACGUUGUGAUGCUACCAUGUUGUGUACACGUUGUGUUGCUACCAUGUUGUUUUCACAUUGUGUUGCUACCAUGUUGUUUUCACGUUGUGUUGCUACCAUGUUGUGUACAAGUUGUGUUGCUACCAUGUUGUGUACACGUUGUGUUGCUACCAUGUUGUGUACACGUUGUGUUGCUACCAUGUUGUUUUCACGUUGUGUUGCUACCAUGUUAUUUUCACAUUCUGUCACUACCAUGUUGUUUUCACGUUGUGUUGCUACCAUGUUGUGUACAAGUUGUGUUGCUACCAUGUUGUGUACACGUUGUGUUGCUACCAUGUUGUGUACACGUUGUGUUGCUACCAUGUUGUUUUCACGUUGUGUUGCUACCAUGUUGUUUUCAUGUUGGGUUGCUACCAUGUUGUUUUCAUGUUGGGUUGCUACCAUGUUGUUUUCACAUUGUGUUGCUACCAUGUUGUGUACACGUUGUGAUGCUACCAUGUUGUUUACAUGUUUGGUUGCUACCAUGUUGUUUUCAUUUUGUGUUGCUACCAUGUUGUGUACACGUUGUGUUGCUACCAUGUUGUUUACACGUUGUGUUGCUACCAUGUUGUGUACACGUUGUGUUGCUACCAUGUUGUUUUCACAUUGUGUUGCUACCAUGUUGUUUUCACGUUGUGUUGCUACCAUGUUGUGUACAAGUUGUGUUGCUACCAUGUUGUGUACACGUUGUGUUGCUACCAUGUUGUGUACACGUUGUGUUGCUACCAUGUUGUUUUCACGUUGUGUUGCUACCAUGUUAUUUUCACAUUCUGUCACUACCAUGUUGUUUUCACGUUGUGUUGCUACCAUGUUGUGUACAAGUUGUGUUGCUACCAUGUUGUGUACACGUUGUGUUGCUACCAUGUUGUGUACACGUUGUGUUGCUACCAUGUUGUUUUCACGUUGUGUUGCUACCAUGUUGUUUUCAUGUUGGGUUGCUACCAUGUUGUUUUCAUGUUGGGUUGCUACCAUGUUGUUUUCACAUUGUGUUGCUACCAUGUUGUGUACACGUUGUGAUGCUACCAUGUUGUUUACAUGUUUGGUUGCUACCAUGUUGUUUUCAUUUUGUGUUGCUACCAUGUUGUGUACACGUUGUGUUGCUACCAUGUUGUUUACACGUUGUGUUGCUACCAUGUUGUGUACACGUUGUGUUGCUACCAUGUUGUUUACACGUUGUGUUGCUACCAUGUUGUGUACACAAUGUGUUGCUACCAUGCUGUGUACACGUUGUGUUGCUACCAUGUUGUUAUCAUGUUGGGUUGCUACCAUGUUGUGUACACGUUGUGUUGCUACCAUGUUGUGUACACGUUGUGUUCCUACCAUGUUGUGUACACGUUGUGUCGCUACCAUGUUGUUUUCAUGUUGGGUUGAUACCUUGCUACAUCGGCAGGAUAGAACGGCUGACUCCGGUAAGAAAAGGGGUGGCGGUCUGUGUAUAUUUGUAAACAACAGCUGGUGCACAAAAUCUAAUACUAAGGAAGUCUCGAGGUGUUUUGCUUGCCUGAGGUAGAGUAUCUCAUGAUAAGCUGUAGACCAUACUACUUACCAAGAUAGUUUUCAUCUAUAUUUUUUGUAGCUGUCUAUCUACCACCAAAAACCGAUUCUGGCACUAAGAUUGCACUCAAUGAGCAGUAUAAGGCCAUAAGCAAACAGGAACACGCUCAUCAAGAGGCAGCGCUCCUAGUGCCCGGGGACUUUAAUGCAGGAAAACUUAAAUCUGUUUUACCUCAUUUCUAUCAGCAUGUUAAAUGUGCAACCAGAGGAAGAAAAAAACUCUAGACCACCUUUACUCCACACACAGAGACGCAUACAAAGCUCUCCCUCGCCCUCCAUUUGGCAAAUCUGACCAUAACCCUAUCCUCCUGAUUCCUGCUUAUAAGCCAAAACUAAAGCAGGAAGCACCAGUGACUCGGUGUGGUCAGAUGACGGUCAGAUGGUCUGGUCAGAUGACGCAGAUGCUAAUCUACAGGACUGUUUUGCUAGCACAGACUGGAAUAUGUUCCAGGAUUCUUCAGAUAGCAUUGAGGAGUACACCACAUCAGUCACUGGCUUCAUCAAUAAGUGCAUCGAUGACGUCGUCCCCACAGUGACCGUACGUACAUAUCCCAACCAG